GUUUCCACAUUUGGAAACUUGAGCCGACAUGAUGGCGUGGAUGGACGCCCUGCAAGUAAGUGGAGGGAUGACUAUCUAUGUGAAUGUAUGUUUAAGUUAACUGAGAGAGCUCUAAAUGUGCACCCUAGAGUACCCUAUCCAAGGAAAAGCAGCGCUGUUUGGUGGGGAAUUAGCGACGCUGGCGGGGAGGGAAAUGUUUGGUGUGUGUGUGUGCGUGUGCGUGUGGCUCCAUGCACUGAGGACGCCGCUCCGUCACACCCGCGAAAAGUUAAAGUGGCGGCAAUAUUUCUAAUGUUAUAGUAAUAGUAAUAUUUCCACAUUCAUUGACAAAAAUUGGCUCAAGUGGCUCAAUGGAAAGUUGUGAUGACCGUUUUAGAAAGGGGGUGAUUUUCACUAUUUUCAUUUCAGGGGGGGAUCCCCUCUCAUCCCCCCUGAACUCGAGUUACUUUUCCUUAACUGGCUCUGUAUAAGCAAAGACAUCUACAGAAUGAACCACCACCACUGUCACUAUUGACACUGGUUGCACAUUAAUGUGAGAGCUGCCAUAGCAUGGACAUAAAAAGUGACAGAAAGGCUGUCAGUCAUGUGUUUUGCAUAGCCCAUAGACACAAAUCCAAAUGGCAUUAGUCAAGCAAUACUUAAAACGGUCCAAGUUGACAUAAAUAAUCACUGUAAUGGGGGUUUUCAUUUGAAAUUUAGCUAUUGCCAUCAUUGACUAUCACCGAUUUACCAUUGACCUCUUAAUGUGGACCAAACACUUUGAAGUAAAUAAACAUUUACAAAAGGAUUAUGUGAAGUUACUAAAUAAGGUACAAAAUCUAAACAGAUAAGUAGUUACAGACAAACUUAAAGCUGCAGCCUAAAAAGCUUUCUCUAUUGCUUCACACUGACAGUGCAAUGGCCCUGAACAUAUACUUUAAAUACUAUUCAACAAAGAUGCACAGCAGAAAUCUGUCUUUUAAACUACUAAAUAUGUCCGCCCUUCAUUUCUCUGAGGGGGAACAAACUACAAAGAUGAAUUCACAUCUUUUGGUUGUCACAAUAAAAGCAGAACUUCUGAUAUAAAGCUUCAUAAAGGUUCCAUUUCCUGCAGGGCUGUGGUUACACAUUGCAUUAUAAUGUACAGGCAUUAUACAGACAACUAUUCCCACUUUCUGUUUGCUUUUUUUUUUAACUCCAUCUUCUGAAUAUUCAUCGUAAUGUCAGCUGGAAGCUUUACCUGAUGUAUUUGUGGACUGAUUGAUGGGGUUACUGCGGUUCUCCAGAUAUGUUUGCGCUACUAAUUUACCCUGGUGUCAUAUCGCUCUUUGAACAAAAUAAUAAUUUACAUAUGGCUUUGAGUGUGAUGAAAGCAAACAACUUAUAGAUUUAUGGCCCACAAAACAAUAGGCUUGACUGGGGGAGCUGUGGCGAUAGAUGCAGUUCUGCGGGGUCUCAAAGCCUCGCAUGAAAAUACAUUUUUGGAGGAUUUUAAUGAUUGGAUAGGCACACACUCAGAGAGAGUAGCCAUGGCUUCAAAUGCCCUUUAUGUAUGAUCAGUAAAAUCUGUUUUGGGAUGAUGCCCUGAGACAGCGUUGCUCUGUGUCCACUGCUGGCCUGAAAAUGUCUGUCAAGGAUCCCUUUGGCGGUAUCAUUGUUUUCAUAUUCUCUCUACGUUGUUAAUAUGCACUCUGCAUGUGUUGGGUAUUGGCGCCUGGCAUUGUCAGACAAUUUGAAAGCAGCAUGAGGCUUAACCACACCCAUAGAGAUUUAAUGCCAGUCGUGUUUUGUCAGCUUUCCUCCAAAAGCACAACUCGACACAUCUUGGCAUGAUCACCCAAUAAAAGUCUUGUCUAAGUAUGCUGACAAGCGUCUCAGAGUCAAUACGCACAAUAGAAAAUGUGCUUAAAAACUGUAUACUUAUAGAAAACCAUAUAUAAACAUAUGAAAACAUACAGUCAAAAUAAACACACAAGAAUGCAAAUGCAGCUUAAGCAGGUCAGUAAAGUAAAGUAAAGUUGGCAGCCUCCUGCAGCCUGCCUGUCAGAGUAGUGCAAGUGCUGGCAGAGUUAAGAAGAGGAGGUGGCAACAAUGACAGGAUUUUCGACUGCGCUUCGACCGCAGCAGCUUUGCAACAGACAUUCAGUCACACCACAUUCAGGGAAAAUACAGACAGGAAACAGAUAGCGCUUACAAAAGAACACCCAACUAACUAUCCAACCAGUAGCCAGAGAAAAAACACUAACCGAGAACCACACAGAUGUCUGAAAAAGAACAGCCAAAAACUACAGCGUCACAGUUUUUUAAUUGCUGGUGUAUUUUCCAGGCAGAGAGAGGAUUCUGCUGUGGAGCAAAAGUUUUAUUACUGGUAACAACUUUAAACCAAAUGUUAUCCUUUAUCAGCUGUGGGCACCAUUAAUACAUGUUCAAUAAUUUCCAGUAAUAUCCUGAAAUUUCCACCUCAGUUGGCUGGAUCUAUUGCUGAAACAAGCCGUGCUCAUGCUGUACAACCUUAAGCACAAGUCUGCAGUGUUUCAGUAAGCUAAGCUGGGUGCUCCCAGGCUCUUGGUAAUGGUGCAGUCAUUGUAAAGAGAACAUUAAAUAUUCAGGGAGAGCCAACAGCGUGGAUGUGCAUAAUAGGCAGAUACAGGCGUCUUAUCCUCAUUGUGUUGUGUGUGCCUGCAAUAAGGUUUAUGCAAGAAGAGUGUUAUGUAUCUAUGUGCAAGCGUAAAGUAUGUGUCCUAAUUUGUGCGCACACGUGUCGAUGUCUGCGGAGGUUAGAGCUGUUUGUGUGUUUGCGUGGACGUGGGCGGGUUUUUUACCCUUGGUUUGCUCAUAGUCGAAGGACCAGCACAGGAGCUUCUAAUUGAAAGGGAUUUGAGGGAUAUGGCAGGAGUCAGCAUGUUACGCCACGCUGAGACUGGACUCUGGUGGGCUGUUAAAAACAGCAGGAGGCUGAGAACCACCAGUGUGUGUAUUUGUGUGUGAUCUAAUGUGGGAGUGCAUCUGUAUUUGUAUUUGUGCGACGUUGGUGAUUAUGUGCAGUUGUAGUGUAUACGAGGAUGCAUGUACUGUGGGGUGUUGAGGUACUGCUGUGUGCUUGAGAAAAUGAGGAUCGCUUUCUCCUCUGACCCUGACAGGGGUGCAAUCCUGGCGUAUUAAAGAAAAAGAAACAUCUCCAACAGGUGACAAGGCUUCAUACUACAGAUUUAUCACAGCUUUACAGAAUAUGCAUGACGUGCCAGGGGUACUCGUGCUUGCUAGACUGUGCAUAUGGUUAUGCAGACAAGACACUCAAACGCGCAAAACAAUGGUCGACAACCAGAUGGUAAUAACAUCCACAAAUCUGCAGCGCUGUUUAAAUCUGCAUUUCAUUUUACAGAUAAAAGCCUCCCAACACAGGCAGCAAAUCAGCAACUUCUGAUCAACAGAGCAAAUCCAAAACACCGCUUUCUGCAAAAUUACUAAUAAUAAAAUGUAUGAGCUGCGAGCUACAUGACUACAGGGCUGCAGCAAUUGAUUACUUUCCUUACUGAUUCAGUGAUAGAUUUACAUAUUUAUAGUCUGUCAAAUAACAAUUAUUAUUUACCAACAUGUGCACAGGAAGCAUAAAGAAUCCCUUCACCUGACACUGACCAUCACUUGAAUCAUUCAAUGAUGGGGGGGAUUAAGCCACAGUCACCUCUUCAAAGUCAUGUACAAAUUAGCAAAGAAAUGAGCUGAGACUGUGCUGAGAGCGAGGCCAGUGGUCUUUUGAGAAUAUGUGAGUGUAGCUAACACUGGUGUUUGCAGUUUUUUUGUGCUGCUGGAUUUAAUUGUAGCAUCUGAUACAGCUGGUUAUAAAACUGAGAUUGAGAGGCUGCAGCACUGGGUCGGUAAAUCCGAGGUAACUUUGAAAUUAUACGUUUUUGACUGAUCAAAAGUUGUUUUUUUCAAUGUCUGUGGAAGAGCAUGUUUUCCCUCACUCAAGAAUGAAUUAUGGAGUUCCUCAGGAAUUAUAAUUGAGACCAGUUUUAUUAUCUCCUUAUGCUACAGUUUAACAACAAAGACAAAAUGUUUAAUUUGACAAAAAUGAAACACCGCUUUGUUUCCUCCCUGAAUGAACAGCACAAAAAGUCUCACAGAUAUGAACGAUUAGUAGCCAGUGAUUUUCUCAAAAAUGAAACCCUUAUCAUGAAGACACUCUCUUGGAAUCCAGUCCUCCUUUUGCUCCCUGUCACUUUAUGUAAAGAAAUUCAGAAAUGUAGCAAUACCCUGACAGCUGUCCCACUUUUAAGAAACACACAGUCAUCUAGUCAUGAAAUUAUCACCUGAAAAACAUUGUCAGAAUUAGAUCUAUGUUGAUUUUCUAUGACACACAUACUAUUAUUUAUGCUUCUCUUUCUUCAUGGUUAGAUCACGGUUUUUUUUUUUUUAGCAGUAACAAAUCUAGAAAACAACUCUGAUUUGUAAAGACUUCCAAGAGUGAUUUUUGACAAAAAAAGAACUCAUCCUGCUGACUUUGGAUUGUCAAUUGUGUUAUUUAGAGUAAAUAUCUAGCGUUGUUUCUCGAGCUGCUUGGCUGACACCUACCCCCUCGCAUCAGUUUUUCAGGCAUUAAUAAUAAUAAGAAAAUAAAAACAUCAGUCUUGUUGCUGAUGGACUUAUUUGCCUUUGGAUAUCAUGAAAAGGCAUCAACAUGAAUUUCAGUCUAUUUCAUAAAUGUCAAAAAAACUCCUCACAGGAGCUUGAAAGGAUCGCCUUUUGAUUUGAACAACUUGAACUGUGAGCUCCCAGCUUUUCAUGGUUCCUGUGAAGGGCCUCAAAUUAGGUUUUUAAAAUUCAAGUUCAUAAAAUGUCUCAGAGGUUUUUUUUAUUUAUUUAUCUUUUUUUUCCUUGAGUGAGGUCUUAAACUUCAGAUCGCUCUUUGGCUGACACAUCUCUGAAAACUAGAACAAAUGCACACCGUCAAGUUUGCAUUUAGAUUUCAUUUAAUUUAUUUUCGUGGAAUUUAUUGUUCAUAUGACACUUAUAAGUGUUGACUGCAGCAUAUUUGGUAUGCAUUCACAAAGUGCAGGUUUAAGGGAAUUUUGGGUCAAGAUGAAAUAAAAAGGGAAAUGUUGGACAAAACCAGAAUUAUCGGCAACUUGCAAGAUGCGAAAAAAGUUUUUAAAUGUUGAUUUGUAGUUAAAAAUGCCACAGUUAAGUAAAGGGCAACAUUGCUAUGACAGUGUCUUUGUUUGGGUCUCAUUAAAGCAGGGCUUGACACUAACGUUUUUCACAAGGAGCACAUGUGCUCCGAAGUUGAAAAAGUAAGGAGCACGCAAAGAACUUUAGGGGCACAUGAAAAUUGAUCAAAUAAUGUGUGUCCUAUUGGUCAGUACUAUUGUUUGAAAUCAAUUUCCCAAGUGGCCCCACAUGUAAUGGACGCUAUUGAAGAAAAUUUUUAAAAUUUGCUUUUAAAUUUAACACAAAAAUUUUUAGAGGACAAAUUAGGGAAAUAAAGAGGUGUGUCUUAUUGGUUAACUUAAGUACUAUUAUUUGAAAAGAACUCGGCUGAUUUUUUUUGUCGCAAAUUCGAAUGAAACGGUCGCACUGUCAAGCCCUGCAUUAAAGUCUUAAAAAAGUCUGAUAUCUUCUUUUAAAACCUGUGCAGCAACCCCACUUUACUGUCACAUUGAUAAAUAUGGAAUCAAACAAAUGAUGGUAAUGCUUUAUAACUGGAGCCUUCAGGAACUAACACAUUAUAGAUGUUAGGGGUGGGAAUCCUAGUGGCCCCACGAUACAAUAUUAUCAGGAUACAUUAUUAUUGCGAUUUUUAACAUUGUGCAAUACAGUGAGUAUUGCGAUGCGAUAUAUUGCGAUUUAUAUAUUUUUUCUACCGUUUUGCUUAUUUAGCAUUUGUCUUUCCUUCAUGUUUGUCUUAUUUACACUGUAUUUUAUUUUCAUGUAGCACAUCUUGCAAAGUAGCACAGACCUGAAAAGAUGUGACCCUUUAGUCUUUGAUUUUAUAUAUAGAUAUAUUUUAAUUAUUGCUUCAUUGUAGUGUAUUUGGGCACUUGGUCAAGCCUUACAAUUACUCAUUCAGCCAGAUUGACAUUGUCCUCACAAACUUGUAUAUACUCAAUGGAAUGAAAAAGAAUUAUACAAAUCUUUAAACAGUUUGUAAAAUCUGUGAGACAUCGCAGAUAUUGAUGUCUGUGUGCUUUUGUGGUAUUUUGUGAGUGUGCUAUAACCUGUAAAGCACAGAUAUAAAGAGACAGCAGAACCUGAUCAGUACAGAAGGAGCAGACAAAGUACGGUCAAGCGGUCAACAGUCAGCUAUUUUUCUCUGCCUCAGGCACCGAGAGCCACACUGAACUUUACAUGAAAAAAGACAGCCAUGGGAUCUAACUCUCCUCACUGUCAGGUUCAUAUGCUUGUUUCAGAUCCUGGUGCAGCAGAAAUUUGCCUCUCUAGCUCACAUGAAGAGGUGAAGACCCAAUAAUGUUGCUCAAGUCAGCAUAAAAAGCCGCUCUAGGUUCAAUUGCUUCUGGCACUUCUGUCCUUGCUCUCGCUCAGAGAGGACAAAAUGACGCUUGUAGGUGAAUACACUAUUAGAGGUGUAAAAAAGCAAUUGUGUAAUGCUAAUCAGAAACCAUUCAUAAAAAUCAGAAGAGUGCACUAUAAGAAAUAAAGAACUAAUCUCAUGUCCUUACAUCUUCCCAUCCGCGUCCAGGUGUCCAGGAAAUCACGUCCAGAAAGGGGUUGGACAGAUAACCAUCAGCAUUGAAGGAGUAGUCUCGGCCACCGAGCGUGAUGUUGCUGAAAUAUCUGCAUGGCAAUGGAGGAGACCGAGGAAGAAUAAAGACAGUAAGUGUCAAGUUAUAGCAGACAGUAAGCUGUGUAUUCUAGGGGGAACGAAUGGAAAUCAUAUGGUUGUUUUGAUUCAACAGAAAGCCUGUUUUGUUGUAUUUUCCACUUGAAACAAAGUCACAGCACAUCUUUGGUGACGGCGAGGGGCUUGUCUGUUAAUCAUAUCUACAGACAAAUGAUCAGACACGUAAAGAUGUCAGGUCCUUUGAAGUCGAACAACUGCUGCUCUUUGAAUCAGCUGUGAGCUCUACAGUUUGAUUAUCACACAGGACAGACCCUCUGAUUGUCUCCUUGUUUCAUCUUGUUGGCUUCAAAACCCAAAACUUGAUGUUUUUUUCUAUGACAGGGAGGGAGGGAGUCUUAUAUGGAACAGCAGCUUGUAGUUACAGACAGUGAACAGCAGGUAGCAGUGCAAAAAAAUGCAAAUGAAAACAUCUUCCCCCUCUGUUUCUUGAGAUAGUUCAUCGACAAAGAAGGAAGUGCACAUUCAGUAUUUCCCUUAAACAUGCUCUCUGUUUGUGCUGUGCUCCAUUUACUAAAAACUACAGCAGACUUCUUUGAGUUAAGCUCAUUUACAAACCGACUAACCUCGGUGUUGUCUUUUUUAUUUAUUCGAAUGUCUAUGGUGUGUAUGUGAGUCAAGAAUGACUGGUGUAGAAAAUAAACCAAGAUAAUUACCAGAAUCACUUGUGCUACCUGUUAGAGUAAGCUGCUGCCUGUUUGCACAGCCUACAAGGAAUAUAUUAAGGCCGGCUCAUUAAUAUACAUGAGACAUGGUCCGCUUGCUACAGAUGCUGGGGUAAUUUUGCCAACUCACAACUACACGCACCAACAACAUCUAUUUUGCAUGGAUGAUAGCCAGCUCCAAAUUCAGAUAUCCCCUCUGUGCCUGCUCUCUGACACAGUAUCAACCGACUCCACCCAUAAACCUCGCAGUUCGCUCUGGCUCAGAACCAGCUCAUUUAAUGGAAUACACCUUAUUCUGUCUCUAUUCGUUUUUUCCCCCCCUUUAUUUCCAUUCAUCCUUCUCUUCCAAAGCCUUUCUCCUCCCUCUCACCUCAUCCUGCCUCGCAGUCUCUGGGUCUGAUUGGCGUCGGUCAUGCAGUUAGUGACAAAGUUUGGCCCUCCUGUGGUCCCGUAAUCCUUUCGCAUGGCCACUGCCCCGUGAGUCAGCACAGACACACCCCGAGCAAUCCUCCGGCGAGGCUCAUCUCUCCACCCCUGGGGCCGCACUGCAAAAAGAGCCCGAGGCAGGCUCUCCAUGCCCAAACCUGAGAGAGCCGGCCCCACGGCAAACCACAUGUGCGAGGCUCCGGCCUGACCUGCAGCCCAGGCAGCUCGGAAAACCAGCUCGGCCUCCUCCUGGGAGCAGUACAGCAAACGUACCUGGAGGUACAGUAGGAAGGCAGGGAGGGAACAGGGACGAGGGGAGACACACACACACAUACACGCUAGUGAGAUAAGGAGGGGACAGGGGAGACGUGGAGGAAAGAGACAGAGGGUGGGAGAAGUAAGGGGAGACAGAUAGAGCUGGAGCAGAGGUGCACCUGAACAGAGAGGGGGAGAGGUUGGAUGAAAAAGGCUGUAUCAAGAGGAAACAUGGAGGAAAGAGAACAGAUAGCUGUAAGCUGAUGUGAUAAGGCUCAUAGGAGUGGGGCAAAUGGUUCAGGGAGAGAACUCCACUGUAUGGUUGAAUGUAAUGUGUGCUAACCAGGGGUGGAGGGAGGCAAUACGGGUCACCGUUUAAUGAGCUCGGGCAAUUUACAAGAAACAGUUAUGAAUAAUGAAAACAGGAGCGAAACGAGAAGGGGAAAGGAAAUGAGAGAAAAUAGCAGAGCAGGGAAAUGGAGAGAGGGGUUUAAAGACAAAAAACACCCAAGGGAAAACAAGGGGGGAGAGGUUAAACUCUGACAUAUGUUAUUAAAUCAGGGUGGAGAAAAAACCUGAAGACACCGGGAGACGGGAAGGGGUGAAAUGAGCAGAUGUAGAGAGGUAAUUAGAGGUGAAAAAUGGAAGGGAGUGUAUAGAAAAGGAGGAGGAGUGACAGAGGAAAGCAAAGGGUGACGUGGUGAAAUCAGGCCUGGGAAGAGAAGAGAGAUUUUUUAAAGAAGGAAGGGGUUGGGUACUAGAGUCAGUUUAGAAGGAGAGGAGGAGAAGGAAGAAAAAAAUUAAGAGAGAAAAGAAAACAGAGAAGAAUACAGAGCGGUGACAGUGUGAGCUUUUUAGCUGCAAGAGGAGCAGGGAGUGUGGAAAUGGACUGAAGGGUUUUAAAGGGUUAGAGUGGAAAUGGAUCGACAAGAAAAGAUAGAACAGAAAGAGCGAUGGAGAGAGUUAAAUGCUGACAAAUACCCACAAAGAAAGUGAGUGAGAGAAUUAAAAAUGAUAGAAAAGACAUUAAAAGGACACGGUGGAGAAAGAAGCGAAGAGGAGUCGAAUAACAACAAGACAAAGAUAACCCGUUUGUGGAAGAAGAGGAGAACAGGGAGUCGAAGAAACAGACUGAAAGCACAUUUUGAGAAUUCAUUGAAUUUUGAACUGUAAUGGCUUGGCAAAACAAUCCUGCCUGUGUGCCAAUAAACCUCCAGUGAAUUAGCCAGGGAAUGAGAGUGACAGAGGGAGGAGGAGGAGGAGGAGGAAUGAGGGAAGGACGAGGGCAACAGACAGAAAGGGAGACCGAAUUAAAGAGGGGAGAAGAGAAUCAGAGUUAUAAACACACACAUGAUAUCCAAAGACGGGAAAUGGAGACAGAGAGAGCAGAAGAAAUACUGACACGGCAGAAGCUGGAGGAGGAAUGGAACAAAAGAUAGGCAGUGAGAGAUUUGAGAAGGAAUUGACCCAGAGACCCGAGCAUUACCGUAUGUGGCAGAGAGCAAGAGAGAAAGAAAGAGAGAAGGCAUGUAAUGCAAACAUACACUACAUCACUAAGCAAUCAGAAGCAUUUAUUAGCCCUGCAGGAGGAGAAAUGCUAAAGAAGGGAACUGUUGUGAAAAGCAAGAAGGUUAGAAAGCGAGCACUGCAAAUAGGCAACCCGCUGCAGGCAGUGUGUUACAUUAACAGUGACACUAGCAGAGUAGAGUCUAAGGAAUCCAAUACACAUGCGCACACUUACACAUACAAAAACACACACUUUCUCUCUCUCACACACACACACACAGAGCUGCAGUGGCCAUGCUGGGACAUAAGUGAUGACAUUGAGACCCAAACUAAACCGAGCCAGCAAAGAGCAGAGACUGUGGCCGGUAAGACAUUCAGCGAGAGAAAUGGACGAAUGGAGCGGAGGAAUGAAAGAUAGCCAACAGAGAUGGAGGUUAACAGGAAAGCAGCAGAGGAGAGUGAGCUUGUCUCCAGGCAAAGAAAUGCAGGAGGGGGGGAGAGGCAGAGAGGGGAGGAAAGGAGGGAGUGGAGUAUGAGAGUCUAAAGAUACAGAGGUGAGUGAAAAAUUGAGCUGUAGGAUCAGGAGGUCAAAGAGGGGGUUAAAGGGAGGAUGACUGGGUAAGAAAAGAUACAGAAAGUGUUGAGGGGAGAAAGAUGAGACAAGGGAAGUGGGUAUGGAAGUGAGUAGGGAAGUUGGAGAGACGUUGGGAAAGGAGGGGAAGCAGGCUAAAGGGGUAGGAGAAGGAUCAAGCAUACAGUAUGUAAGAAUGAAACACACUAGAGGUACAAGCUAAAACCACAAGUCAUUCUGGUCAGAAUAAUGUCGAUUUAAAUCUGUGUUUUUACCACACAAAUAAUCUGAGAAUAAUAGAUCAUGUUAACAAAUCCUUUGAUGGAAAGAUAGAUACGCAGAAAGAGAAAAGAGGGAGUUGUUGGAUAUGACUGAAAAAGGAGUGGCACAUUUCUAAUAAGCAGAGGCCUAACAGUACCAGCAGGUCAUUCAUCACUAAUCCUGAACAGCCUGACCCAUACUUCAAAAUUCUCAGAGCUGCCAGACACAGGUCUUCAACACAUAACCCUGCAGUAAGGGAAAAACUCUCCUAUUUGUUUGUAUCUGUUUAAACAAAUCACAACCCUCUAUGGCACACUUGCAGAAAAGUGUAAAGGGCAAACUUGUUUUGGUAGAACAUUUGGACCUGGAUGUCAAGCCUUGAAAAUAACACAGCUAAGUCUCCAAAACAGAAUGAACCAAGCAGGCUCGCCUUAUGCACAUUUCUAUUUCUUAUUUUUUUUAAUGCAUAUAAAGGCAGAGGGUUCGCUUGGAGUUCUUUGUUAUCGUUUCUGAUGUUCAGUCUUCAUCUUUGUGAGACAGCUGAUAACCGACAAAUAUCAUGGAGCCAAAAUGUUUCUGGACUGAUAGACUUCUGUUUUCAGGGAAGCUCCCAGAGUUUUCAAAUUACGCCAACUGAGCCAAAAUUGGCCACAGAUGCAUCAAAUAAUUGUUAAAAAAUAAUUUGGUUGUUAUUAUUUGAUGGAAUAAUGUGGCCAUGAAUAUUUCACAAGGUCUAAUAAUCGAGGUUAAACAAAAGUGAACCUCCAGCGGGAGCUCACUUGAUUGAGACAGCUUUAAGACUCUGGAGGGUUACAAACAAACACUCAUUCGGUAUUCUUGUUGUGAUAUCUGUUAGUUUAAAAAAUAGCUUAAUGGUUAAUACAACUGGGUGUUUUUAUUCUCUUUCACCACCGGAGCCAAGAUCAGGUUUCUAGUUCAAACAGGGAUCGAUAUAGAUUUUUGUUUCAUUGUUUGUUCAAGGCUGAGUUUGUCUUUUUGACAGCAGCCUGCCAUCCAUAAAUGUGAGAAAGCGGUUGUUGAAAAGUUUCCACCUUCGCGCUGCUUCAAUGCCAAAUUGAGAACCGAUAUAUUAAGUGGAUAACUUUUGUAGCAGGUUGAACAGAGCUCUUCAUUUAGUGCGGCAUAAAAAACCAGCCAGCACAACAGGUUGACUCGUGGUUUUUCGGUUGUACCGUUGAACUCUUUAUGCCUUUGGCAGAUGGGAGGGGAAGAGAAGAACAGAGGGAUAGAGGAGAGAGGGGAGAGAGAUGCGGGGGGACAGAGGGAGAGACGAAGAAGGAAGGAAAAAGCUGGGAAGCCACCUGUUUGUCAAGGGGGCCCCCAAUUAGACUUGCAGCACUUCCUCCCCUUUCCUCCCCCCUCUCCCCCCUCCCUCCCCCCUUUCUCACCUGCGCCUCGUUCUCCUUCAGCAGCCUGCGCGUGCGUGCCCCCCCAGGGUCGUCAGUCACGUUCAGGAUCACCACACUCUUCUUCUCCCAGCCGAUGAACGAGCCGUCCGUCAGGCCCUCCACCACGGACAGGAAGUCCUGGUAGCCAUGGUGACGUGUGGACACCACAGAAAAGGCUGUCCAGUCGUACUCUUCCAGCACCUCAAAGAUGACCUCUAAUUGGAGGGCAGUAGAGGAGCUGAACUGGAGAAAGAUGGAACCUGAUUCCUGAUUAGGGAAAGAGAGCAGCAGAUUGGGCGUCAAACCUCACAUUUAGUCGGCCUGCGUUGUUGUUGUGUCUUAAAUGCAAAUACAAUACAGUGAGGAAGUAAGUAACAAAAAGCAUUUUCUCUAAGACUGCUGCAUCUUUAUGCACAACAAAGAGGCAUCAUGGGGCUUGAAGUUUUUGUAGAGAAGCAGCACUUGUGCAGCUGCAGGGCUAAAACAACUAGGAUUGUUGCACAAAUUCUCCUAUGACGUCCAGAGGGGAGUGUUUCUAAAAGUCUGUUCUGGGGAUGGGGAGGGGGAUGAAGACGGCGAGGGUACAUCUUCAAAGGAAGUUCAUCAAAGUGCUACAAUUUAAUUCCUCAAGAGUAAAUGGUGAAAACAGUUAUUUGUAAGCACAAAAUGCAACGCUUUUUGUUUCUGUUUUUCCCUCUUUUGGUGGUGAAAAGCAUGUGACACUCGUUUCUCUGGUGCAUACACACUUGCACACAAACAGAGCAUCCUUAUUCAGUCAUACACACACACACACACACACACACACACACACACACACCCAUGUCUGCUCAUUGCCUCCCCCAAGGAACAUCAGAGGCAGAGCGACAGCCCCAGUUGGUGCCAUUUACAGAUCAAACACUGCAGAGUUUCAGCAGAUCGGCGACCCUGACCUUCAACUUCCCUUCCGUCCCACCGGCACUUCCCCAAACCUUUUCUUCACAGAAGGAAUGCAUGACAUUGUGACAUUGUAAGUUGUUAUGGCAGUAUAAGCAGCUAACCUUUUGCACUUUACUUCUACGUUGCUUAAAGUGCAGUUAAAACACCGCUUUGAUAUACAGUACACACUUAUCAGCGCCGUUUCUCUUAAUAAGGAUGGGAAUCGAGAACCGGUUCUUGUUGAAAACCAGUUCCAAAUGGUUCAAUCCAUCAACAUCAUUUACAUUUUAUCUUAACGAUUCCUUUCUUCCGGGUGCUUUAAAAAACGCUCUCGCGAGUGCCAGUGUACGGGAACAGAGACAGAGAAUAAAACAUGGCGGAUGGUACGAAAAGUAUGCAAAAACGAUCUAAAGCGUGGCUUGAUUUUACUAAGAAAGACGUUAACAGUGCAACGUUGAUCGAGCAGUGAUAACAUGCAAAGGUAGAAACAACAGCAACAUGCUGAAACAUUUGUCAAGGGGCACGGCAUCAAAUAUAAGGAGUCACAUGUAUUUAAUGCUUUCUGAGGGUUGUCAGCUGCCUUUGCUCCAUCUCAGCACAGCAUGGAAGGUACGAAUGUUAGGGUGACCAUACAUCCUCCAUACACCCUGACAUGUCCUCUUUCGGGGGGCUGUCCGGGGGGAGUUUGUAAAAUCCUUCAAAUGUCCGGAACAUGUAUUCAUUCAUUAUAAAACAGUGCGGCGCAUCAGUGCUCUCUGCAGCUCUGCCCACUUCUAAGCAAAGGCACUGACGUGAUGCACGCAUACAUGCACUGUCUUUGGGAAUUCAGAAUAUGCCUUUAACUGAGUUAGAAGUGCAUAAAAAACACUCGACCUGACCCAAAAAAACCCUCAGAGUUUCGCAUACAAGUCCGCCCCGCAUAGUAAUGCCCUAUUUUUGGGGAUUUAGAUUAUGGUCACCCUAACGUAUGUCCUGUGUUAACAUGAGCACAAUGCAUGCCAGAAAUGCUGUACACAUAGCAUUUUUGUCUGAUCAUUUUUAGAUUCUCACUGAAGGUGUCAUACAUCUUUUCCUGUUAUCAGAGACUCAAUAAAUUUGGGGUUAAUGGUGAAAACCUAUAGUCUACUUUUUUUUUUUUUUCAAAUCAAAGAAAGUUAUUGAUAAGGGGAUCGUAAAGGGAAUCAAAUCAAUAAGCAGAAUCGGUAAUGGCAUCGAUAUCGAUAAAAUUUUAUCAAUUCCCAUCCCUACCUCUUACUAUAUUGAUAUUAAAACCUUAGCCGUCACACAUCUUGAUCAUUUACGUUCUAUUCCUCUGAUUUUUUUUUUCUCCACCAGUCACACACAAACACUCAGAAUUACACACACUGUUCACACUUCCACCCAGAUCCCCACCUCCCAACUCCUACCUGUGGCAUCCUCCCUAGCCCCGCUCCCCCUCCUACAGCCACUAUAGGCAGUCCUGUUUGCGCAGAGACAAACUCCAGCAUGGGGGCCAAAGGACCCCAGGCCGUCCGAGGGGGCCUUUCCUCUUCGUAAACCAGACCCUGCAGGGGCCGCGCCGCCAGCAGCUCACACAGCUGGGACAGAACAGUCUUAGGACUACUGUCGUUCACCUGGGAAAUAAUAAAGAGAGAGAGAGAGGAAAAAGAGAGACAAAAAGAAUUGAGGGCAGAGUAUUGACUCGCCAUAAUUCAUAUGGAGGGUAUCUGUAUGACAUAUCCAGUGAACAAUACGAGCUGUGGUCAGAGGGCAGAGCUAGACGCCCGCUUUAUUCGGCAGUACUGCCCAUUCAGCUCCAGUGAUGAAAAUGAGAGUGAAUAAUGGACAAUCAUAGUAAUUCUGUUCUCUAAGUCAGGCUGAAUGAACAGGAGGUUAAGGAGGUACUGUCCAACCUGUAGCCAGAUGACAUUAGCAGAGCCCCACUGGGUGACCACGCUCUCCCCCAGGGAGCCGUACACCCGACCAAAGCCGGGGUAGAGCACCCUUCCCCCAGGGCCCGCCACUGCCGCCUCUGCCUGCACCGUAGCGCCGGCGUGGAUCACGGCAAUGUUGAAGUUCAUCAUGGCCCCCGCAUCUCGCUCCCGUGGGCUGGGCCGGAGCAGGAGGUGGGGGGAGGCGUCCACCAGACCUGCCCACUCUGCCAGGACCAAUAGGAGAGAGAGAGUAGGUAUGGCGACCAUGGCAACCUGCCGAGGGGGGGAGGCGGACAUAUAUCGCACUAAGAGAGGGUGCCUAAAAAAAAAAAGAGACAGAAAAGAAUAGCAGAAGGAGGUGAAAGAGAAGCAGGAAAAUUUAGUUAGACUUAUUUUUUUUCUUAGGUGUCCAGAACAGAGGACAUCAAAUCAAAUCAAGAAUGAUUAAGAAGAGAACGAGGUGAAGAGGUAGCAAGAAAGCGAAAAUAGAGUUUUUAGAUAGAGCUCGAGAAAGAGAAGACAGAAACGCAUCAGGAACUGCAUACAGGCAAGAUGAUAAUGACUUCUGAAUUCAAUCAUCGGGUAAUAAAAGUUAGCUUGGUUGGAGAAAAUACUGGACGAUGAGUUUAGAGAAACAGUGUGAAGAAAACAAUAGAGAGAAGGAAAAGAAAGCAAGACAGUGAGAAGAUGAAAUGGGUGCUAUUUAGGCUGCGGGCUGAAAAAGAACAAUAUGAGGAAAAAUAGAAACCGGCCGUUAGAGGAAAGGAGGGCAAGAGGGAGAGAGAGUUAAUAGCAGACAGAGACAAAGAUGGGGGCGGAGGUGGUUAUUGUGCUGCAUGAAUGAUAACAACAAUUAAGAUCACUGUAAACACACUCGCCCUCACACAGCUGCAGCAGCGCACAGACAAAUGCAUGCAAGCGUUUGAAUAUACAUACAUGCCUCCCGAUGAAUGCCUGAGAACACCUCACCCAGAGUGCAGCUCAAUGAUUGAGAGCUCUGAGGGUUAAUGCAGAAAGCACAAACUUAGACGCACACACUCGCACAAACAACCCAACAGGAAGAUAAUGACUACCUGGGAGAUAGCAGGGUUAAUAUGUGAACCACACACACACAAAAACACAGCACAUCAUUUUCAAUUUACUUCUGGUGCCAACUGCCCUCCCUCCCUCUCUCCAUUUCCUUCUCACUUUCUCCUCGCUCCAUCUCUCGGCUCCGGCUUUUCAUAUUCCUCAUCUCUCCUCCCAAUUUUCAUGGCUCCAGGUACCAAACACAAUCGUAUUGAUUAACAGUGGCCCGCUGACAUAAUAUUCCCUCUGAAGUCAAUCUACCUUACUGUGCUUCUGUUUUCCUGUCCCUCUGUUUACAUCUUCAUCCAGGAUUGCUUUUCUUUGUCAUAGUUCGUCAGUUCUUUGCCUCUUAUGAGUCAUUUAGGUUAAGAAAGAAAAAAGAGGAGAGAGGGGAGAAGAGAAAUGUCAGGGGAGGGAUGAGAGAACGGAGCAAGGAAGGAGAAUGCUGUUAAAUGAACAAAAUAAAAAGGCUCUCCAAGUAUAGUUGAUAUGACUUGUGAUUGACUCGCCGAUGGUUUGAAGUAAAGAGGUAAGAAAGAAGGAGACAAGGAGAAAAGGAGAGGACAAAGUGGGUAGGGAUGUUGGGAGAUGGUGCAAAAUAUGUGAGUAGAGGAGCAGGAAAAGAAAUAUUGAUUACAAGGGUGUGUAUACGUGUUUGGCCUAAACAAAUACACUGCCCAACCUCCUGUUUUGAGUGACGGGACAAGGUGUGUGUGUGUGUGUGUGUGUGUGUGUAUGUGUGUGUGUGUGUGUGUGUGUGUGUGUGUGUGUGAUGUGUGUGUGAUGUGGUGGUCGUCAGAGAGAAAAAAGGAGAGAGCAGUGGAAUGAGAGGGCGAAUGAGAGGGCGAAUGAGGGGAGGCGGAUAGAUACGGGUAAAAAAAAAAGAGAGAUGGAGGUGUGGAGAGAUAGGGAGAGACAGACCUGUUAGUAGGAGAGAGGAGAAAAGAGAAGGUAAUAAUGAAGGGGAGAGGAGAGAAAAAACUAGCUUUGUUGUUUUUUUUUUGUUUUCUUUAAGGCAAGGAAGAUGUGGCAGGAAGGAAUGAGGAGGACACAGAAACAGAGACAGGGAGAGAGAAAAUGAGAGAGAAACGAGGCUGCAGGAAUACGAAACAUUGUAUCAUUUGGAGCUGUUUUCUACGGUGCUGAGCAUUGAGCCAUUUACUGUUUGGCCUGUCACUGUAUUUCACUCUCAUGAGGUGUUUACGUUGUGUCCUUCCAUCACAGUGAGCCUUGUGGGAACUAUGAACACAGUGUAUUAAAGUAUACAGUACCCACUUUCCCUGCAGCGAGUCAAUCUGCCUGUAAUCCAACACACAAAUGCAACAUCUUGCUGAGGCAUGCUGCAGUACAGCAACAUGCAAGUAAAUCAUUAUGAAAACCUCAUCUACAUAUACUUUAUAAGUCAUUGUGUAGUCCAAUUCUGCAAACCGAGUCAUGAAAAGUGUGCAGUGAGGGGGCUUACAGUGAGCAAACCCACAGUGAAGGGAGAGGAGGAUGGGAAACAGAGAAAAGAUUACAGUUUCAUUUGAUUUCCUACUAUAAAUGAGUCUUUUGUUAAAAUGCAAAUGUUCAAAUUUAAGUGUAUUUUUCUCCCUUCUAGCUUUACAAAUGAUCCCAUCUUUGUGCCAGCUGCUGAUUCAAUUCAGUGUAUACUGCAUAUAUAUUUGUCAAGGGGCUUCCAACAACCCAGGGAAUGUUUAAACUGAGAUCAAUUAGUCAGAUGGGCUACAGAGGUUGUAUUCUCAUAACAGAAUUGGUGUUAGAGGAAUCAGUUGGAGGUGUGAGUUGUUGUUUCUAAAAAUGUGUGCUUUAGGCUCGUGUUCAGGGUCUAACCAUCCCGUAGUACUGAAUUAUUUAGGAGAUAGAUAUAUGGGGUAUAACAUGGUUGCAGGGGUGUAAAGAUGCACAAAUUCACACCGCACUGAUUCUGCCCAGCUGGGGAUCAUUCACUUAAUCCUUUACUUCUGUUCAGUUUUUUUUUUGUUGUUGUUGUUAUAACGUCUCCAUUUUCAUUUAGAUGUGACUAUAAGUGUAAGCUUUGAUCCAAACACAACAAAUACAGCCUCAGUGUGUGGUAGGGCUGUCAAAAUUGCUCCAAAAUGACGUUCAAAUAUUUGUUUUAAUAAUAACACAUAGGUUCAAUCAUAUUUGAAUAUCUAGCUUACACAGCUUGCCUUGCAUAUAACUUGAUUUCACUCAGCAUGUUUUCUGUCUACCAUGUCUGCUGCCCUAAAUUUGAAAAAUUUCCAAACAGAGCUUCUAAAGUUCAUUGGAGUCCAGACCACUCUCUCCAAGCUUGGCUCCGAACAUCCCACCAUCUCUCUCUGCAUGUGCCACAGACGGUUUUUGUCGAGUCUCACUGCAGGUGCAGCUCCUGUGACCUGUCCCUGACCUGUUGUUACAGUGCGCUUACUCGCAAAGCAGCUGCUGUUUUAAUUUGUUUUGGGGUUUUUUUGUUUUGUUUUUCAUUUUUUUCCCACUCAGUUUUUUCCUGCGGUUUAUUUAAUAUUCAAAUAUUAAUUUUCACAUUCGAAUCUCGUAUUUUUUAAUAUAUUUGAAUUUAGAAUAUUUGUUGACAGCCCUAGUUUGUGGUGCUGUUCCAAAUAUUCUGCAAACUAGGACCAGGUGUCGCCCCGCCAUACAAGCUGACAGUAACAGUUGAUUUUUGUUGUUGUUGUUUAUAACUUCGGAAUCAUUUCUUGAACAACAAUUAAAGCAGAGCUAAUGUGGUUGGUAGCGCAUCUACAUGCUAUUUGGGGUCUCCAUCAGGUUGAGGAUACGACACAGAUAUGGGAUGCAGUUUCAGCGGCUGCUCCCAUACGUAAGUGACCUUCCAACUGGUCGGAUAAUGAAACAGGUUGAUGACAGGAUAGAAAGCACCAUUUAGCCAGGCAUAAAGGAUGAAAAGUUCAGUUUUCUGGUGUGUAGGAAAGCUAAAAGCUUGUUACUGUAAAAAUGGACUGUGUGUACACCCCACAGAACAAUGAAUUAAAGAUGUUUCUGAGCCUGCUACAAGGAGGCUUCAUAAAGAAAAAUUGACGGGCGCAAGAGGCCAAGCCCAGCAACAGGUGUGUAUGUCUGUGUGUGUGUGUGUGUGUGUGUGUGUGUGCGCGUGCCGUGGGGUGUUAAAUGCGAGUGUCCUGGGAGAACUUUGUGCUGCUGUGGAGCAUAUAUUAUUGUUGGGUUGUGCUGUCAGUUUGAGUAGCCUUAUUGUUAAGAAUAGCCUUAGAGAUUUGUGUGUGUGUGUGUGUGUGUGUGUGUGUGUGUGUGUGUGUGUGUGUGUGUGUGUGUGUGUGUGUGUGUGUGUGUGUGUGCGCAGUUGUGUGUGUGUGCAGUUGUUAUCAUGGUAUACUGUAUAUCACCAAUUGAAUCCAUGGUAAAACUCUGGAGCAGCAGAUGGAGGACUUUGGGCAUAAUGUAGGUGCGAAGUUCCCACACAGACCAGACAACAUACCACCCAUACAGCUGCUGUCAUGGUCGCCACCACAAAAAUAAAAAAGAGAGAGAGAGAGAGGAGUGGAAAGAUCCCCCGCUAUUAUCAAGAUCUCAUGUUUCCCCAGUGGAUUACAACAAUACACAAAGACAAAGGGAUAAGACAAAUAGCGUGCUGACAUUGUUCAGAAGUAACUCAGUACAUUUCUGGCAACAUGUCCAACUUGCUAAUGCAUUUGAAAUGGUAUUACACAGACAUGAUUAUCACUGCAACUAGGGAAAAAUCAUCUUGUUUCCAUCACAACUCCUCUUUGGGAUCCAAACAAGCUUUUUCUUGUAAUUCUGAGUGAGCCAAAGUGAUUACAGCUACGGGUGUUUGGAAACCAUUGGAUCUCUGAUCAUAUUCAGCUGUUGAGAUCCCAUGGUUUAAACAUAUAUUAAUGGUGACUGAGUUGGGAUAUUAUAUUUCAGUGCUGAAGUUAUUCCAUCAAUUUCUUCACAAGCAAAAGCUGCCGUUGUGCAAGACUUGUUCCAAGCGAUCACUGCAGCGCUCACAACAGAGCGACCCAAAUGUUUUUAGGUUGACUCUGAGCUCAAAGGGCACUCGAAGAAAGGUGUUAGCUAAAAACCAUAAGCUGUCAGUGCUUGUUUCAGCCCCUGUGACAGCUGAGGUGUUUAUAUAUAUAUUAUAUUUAAUACGUUAACAUAGAUGUAUAUUUUCUGAAAUUCAUUUUACUUUUCUUUAUGUCACUGGAUUGAAAGUUAACAUUUUAAUCAGAGUAUUUUGUUGGAGUUCUUUAAAACUUAUAAGCUUUGAAUUUACCUUGAGGAACCUUUAACAAUAAUUUACUGUCUAAAUCGUUAAAUUUAAUUAACAUUUCCACCAAAGUAUUUGUAUUGUGGGCUUCAUUGUUGAGGAGAAUCUCCCUGCAUCUGCAGGACAAUUAGUUUUCUGCUGAGCCUGUUUAGUUUGUCAUCUUAAGCAAAGAAAGUGGCAUUUACAGCAGCACAAAAGCUGGCGUUCAUGCCAGUGACUGUUAGAAGCAAACUAAAAACACCUUGAGGAAUAUUUACUGAGCACUUAAGAGCAGGAAUAUUCUCCCGCUGACAGAGACAGCUAAUCAAAAAGAUGAGAGAGAAAACAUUCAGGCAGACGAGCCAGCCUCCUUUUUCUCGUCCAAAAUUGCCAGCACUUUUCAAUCAGAAAACAUCUCAUCAUAUCGCUGCUUUAACGUUUCAUUUACGGCGCAUAAUGAGCUCAGUGUGAUUCCAAAUUAUUACCUGUAGUAAUUAAUGCUUACACGGGGUACCGCUUCUGCGACAGCUCCUUCACUUUUUUAAAAUUUAAAACAGGCUUGAAGUUUAGCGUUGCUGAAGGCAAAUCAACCACUUUGAAGGUAUAUUUCUCUAUAGAGGAUUAUGGUGAAGCCUGCAAACACCACAGAGGCAAUCAAAAAAAAAACUUGUAUAGCCUCUAAACAAAAUAUGAAAAAUUGAUUCUUUUUGUCAGUGUGAUGGUAGAAAAACAACCCCAGUGUUUUAGAGUUUCAGAUCCCCUCUGCUCCAUUGACUUUACUUGCUACAGCUGCGUCGAGCGCCCGCGGUGACUCUGGAAAAGCGAGUUGCGAAGAGGAGUGAGCCCGUUGCUGGCAUCCACACCUCUGAGCCCUCUCUCCCACUGAACUCUAAUGGAGGCAGUGUGCCAGGCCUUGUGCUGCAUCAGCUCUGCUGGGGAGAUGUGAAUGGGGACAGGGUCUGUGGAGUCUGGAGUGUGGAAGUUGUGGACGUGUUGUGUUCAGAGGUUGUGUUUUGCUCCACAUCCGAGCUCUGCUGCUUCAUUCCAGUCAGUCAUGCAGAGAGAUGGACCUGCUGCCUGCUGCCUGUGGCACCAGCUGUACUGAAUCAGCCCAGUUCAGUUUUCCACGCUAAACAGAACAUCUGAAAUAUGCAUGCUAAUAUGUAGUGUACUGUACAACAAUAGAAGACAUUGCUGUGCUUCUUUGAGUCUCUGUAAGUACAGAGGAAAAAAACAUUCCUCUGAAAGAGAAGACUUUCCGUUCUUCUUCUUUUUUCCCCUGCAUUUGUCCACAUCUAAGACCGCAGUGUGAGAACACUGCUUCAUGUAGCCUCUGUAAUUUCCUUGGUUCCAUAGCUGCACCAUAGCGAGAGAUAAGAUAAAGUGCCAGCACAGUGUGGUGCCCACUGUGAGCAUAUAUGUGAAUGUAUCAAUGUCUAUGUGUGUGCAGGGGUGUGUGUGUGUGUGUGUGUGUGUCGUGCGGGGUAAUAUGGCCGUGUGGGGGAGCGGAGGAAUGAAGAGAAGAGUGCAGCUGGAGCUCAAUGCUCCUCGUGUUAAUUGGCCCAUACUUCAAUCACAGCCACUGGAGUGUGUCCUCUCUGACGGAACAUAUCCUCUCUCCCUCUCUUUCCCUCUCUCCCAAUCUCACUGUCUCUCCCUCUCUCUCUCUCUCUCCCUCUCUCUCUCUUCUACUCUGUCCUGCUGUACUUGUUCAGCCACUCAUCCACUCGCUGACACACUCACACAUGACUUACACACGCACAUACACACAGACGCGAGAACACUUUCAGACACACUCCUUCACUCAGUCUGUCCCACUCAUUUGAUUCGGUCACUCGUUUUAUUCAUCCUUUCAUUCAUUCAUUCAUUUAUUUGUUCACUAUCUCACUUUCACUAACUAUCCUCUCUUUUUCUUUCACAACUCCAUGCCUAUUCUUCCCCAGCCCUCCCCAACUCUGUCCCUUCACACAAGUCUUUGUCCUGCACUUCUUUCAUUCUCUGCUUCCUCCCCUCCCUUACUUCCUCCCUCUCAUUUCUCUCUCUCUCUCUCUCUCUAUCUCUCACUUUCUAUUUCUUUGAUCCCUGUCGAGAAGAAGAGCCACCAGGCAGGCAGCGGCUCUUGUUCCCAUUGUGCAGAGUGUGCAGAGUGAUCGGCAAGCAGCGCAGCGUGCAGCAGCAGGACAUACAGUACUGUGUGUUUUUUACUGCAUGGCUGUAAACAGCGGUAGUAAAGCCUGCUGCUUCUGCUGCCUCUCUUGGACUUGAUAGCCACGGUCAUCAUAAGCCCUUCUGGUGGCAGAGUCUGAGCCAUCUAUCAAACCUUGUGACACCGAUACUUCACAGGGAAAUGCAACACACAGUAUUCAUAGAUUACACAUGCCACAGGCUGAUAGCCAGAUCAGAGCUGGUCGCUUUCAUAAAGUGACACCGUUUUUUAUGUGGAACAGUUAAAUUUGAGGGGCUUGCUGAUAGCGAGUAUGAAAAAUAAAUUAUGGUUUACAAAUAUGAGACAUUUGCACAGGGGCAAAUAAAUAUCCGAUGGGAUGUUUACUUUAUCCAAGAAGAUUAAAACAGAUGCUUUUCUUUCAGUUAUUCUGAACAUGUAAAUGUGCCAGAAGGUUUUAAAAUGAAAUGUCAUUGCACCUCCAGGCCGCAAAAAAAUCUAGAUUAUUACUUUGUUUAAAGCGCCGUGUUACAGGAGAGAGGAAAGUGAAACCCCUAUUGACUUUACAUGACAUCUGAUUUCAGUCUGCAUUUGUCCUCUCUGUAUUCUGUAACCUUUCACAAGAGCAAACCCAAACAGUCACCUUGACGUCUCACUUUGAUGUUUCUUCACAGCAAAACGGCAUUUUUUACUCUGACAUUUCAAGUCCCUUUAAUUUCCAUGCGGUCACACAAAGCGCGCUUCACUCCAAGGUUCAAAGUAUCUCGCCUUUGAUUCAAAUAUUUCUUCAUGGGUUUGGAUUAAACGCUUCUGCCAAGAGACACUGUCAAUUAAUUGGACUUGACUUCCGUACAUUCAGGAGAUAAAUGUCAUUACUUGAAUGGGAGGACACUCCUUGUUUCUCUUGCCUCUAUGGAUUGAUAGAAAUGAGAUGAAGCUGACCCUGGACCCUGCAUCAGUGUAGCGCUGACAACUCUCUGACCUCAUUUUUCACAAAAAAGAAAAUGUUUCAGUGGUAAACCCUCUGUGGUUUCUGGUGCACCAGACAUGAAAAGCAAUGAUGGGAAAUCAUAUCCUUUAUAGAUGAUCGGCAGUGAAUUAUUUGACGUUUUUACAUCUCAUCUCUUAAGUCAGUGCUUUUAGCUCAGGGUGUAUAAUUACUUUAACAGAGAAUGUGUUUAUAUCAUCUCACACAUGUCUAGUAAUUACAGUAAUGCUUAAAAAUGAACUUGUAUAACCUGAGAGAAAAAUCAGCUGUUAGGAAUAAAAAGCCUGUCAGUUGUUUCUCUUUGCUUUGUAACUCAGUCUGGGCUUCUUUGAUAAUUCACUUUGUGUGUGUGUGUGUGUGUGUAUGUGUGUGUGUGCAUGUGCGCGUGAGUAUGUAUAUGUUAUCUCUCAACCUCCUGUCAUUCAUUUAAUCCUCUGGACAUUGCGAACUCACACAUACAGGAUACUUUCAGCGAUAGGGAGAGUGCAUAAACAACAAUAUUUCACCACUGACUGUAUUUAAUCUUCUCCUUCCCACACACAUGUAAACACACACACACACACAAACACACAUCCAUUCAGAAAAGAUCCGCUACAAACAGUUUACUACCCUCAUGAGAGCUCAGACAUAAAUAUCAGUAAGGUCAUAUGCUUUCACGUGGAAAGGCUGGUGUCUGGAGAUCUCGCAUUAGAAAUUCAGCUAACAUAGUGCAGGGUAUUAUUUCAGCAAGCUAACUGGCCUACACUAACUCAGCUUGAAUGAAAAGGAAUGGUUUGGUAAGGAGACUACACAGUUUGUAUGGCCACUGCCAAUGCUUUUAUAAUAGAAGUGCUUUCUUUAAGGUUGGCCAAGGAGAGGGAAUAUUUCAUUUCUCCAGCUCAACCACCUGACAUCUAAUAGAGCGAGGAGCAGAGGUCUGAUGCGCUGCUCCCCAGCCAGCCCCCUCUGCUCUCUGGCUGACUAUAAUACCACGUAAUUUACUGGAUCUAAUGUACAUGUAAAUUGUUUUCCAUUGUUGCUUUUCCUUCCUGAACCCUCUGUCAAGCUGUCCUUAUAAUGCACGACUGGAGGGAUUAUCUUAUUAUGUUUGUUUUAAAAGGAAUAAUUUCUCACAGCUCAACCUUUAGACAGGCAUCCAGAAACUGUGAAGUCUUUGUGGUUUGGGGAAAAUAGCUUCAAUAUUACAGCGCUAUCAGUGCAGUGCAAUCAUCGAGAACAAACCUGCAUUCAUGCCGUGCAUUUACAUAAUAUACUGUAUAUUCAUGAAUGAAACGCUCGGCUCAUGGUUAUUUUUUUUCAAACGGGCAUUGAGAUUAAAAUCAGGUACAAAUUGGAUGGAAAAUUCCCAGCAGAUGUGAUGCGACAGUUGAAAUAAGUCUGGGAAUAUUCAGAAUUUAGCAGAAUCCUGUUAAGGCACAGAACAAUUACUGCGUUGUUAGUUUUUUUUUACACAGUAACAUUUACUGGAUUAUUUUCUCAUCCCAUCUUGAGCCAGUAGUCGCAAAGCCACCAUGCUGCUUGACUCUGCCCGCACCAGCGCUUCCAUUAAUUCCCUCAUUGAUUGGCCAGACACUGGGAUCACCUAGCCAGAUCUGAAUCAGUCACUAAUUAAAAGAGCAAGAUGAAAAGCAGCCGACACCGCAGCCCUCCAGGACCCGUAAGGUGAAACAUUCUGUAACAAACUGGGAAGCAGCUGAAGUCUCCCGGCAGAUAGAAGCAGCUAGCUCUGCAUUGUAAUGAUUCACAAUCUUAUUCAGAGGAUAAACAGAUUAAACUGGUGUGGGAAACCUUCACUGAUACCUAUCACACUUUUGCACAAGGUCGCACACAGGUAGGUACACGCACACGAGCAGAUAUACAAACAUUACACAUAUGCAGGGAUGUGUUCAGAGCCUGUCACACUGAAACAUACACACACCCACGCGUGACGACACAUUGAAUAAGACAGAAAAGGUACGUUAGCUCCUUAAAAAGCAGGUGCCACAUGUUGCUGAUGUGGAGCCGAGUUCUCUCUGCUCAAAAAAUUACCACGCCGUAAUGUUACCACGUUGUGUUCAGGUUUGAGCUGCGUUCACAGCACAUCUGGCGCUGCCUCUGCUCAUAACCAAAGGUGUUAAAAACACUUCUGUCAGCCCAUCUCAUGAAUGUUGAUGGAUCAGUUUGGCUCAGGAAACUCACUCCUGUGUGGACAAAGACCCAACAGGGGAAAGGAUUGUAUAGGGGGUUUAUAAUUGAGCCAAGGAGGAUUCUCUAGAGUACAGGGUGGUGAGAGGUUAGUGAGAGGAAUGUCAAAACCCCCGCUGUGUGGUCUGCACUCAGACAAAUUAAGAAACCUACUACUCCAGUGAUGUUUGUUUCACAGCAAGAAUAAAUGAACAGAAAUCUAAGUCAGGUUUUUCUCCCCAUGUCUUGACACAUGACGAAAUAGUAGGCCUAUCUCAUCAAAGACUGCAGGGAGCCAGGAGGGAGCAAUGUACACAUAAUGGGAUAUCAGAAAUUAGACAGCUCAACAACAACAGAAGGAAGGGUGAUAAAACAGCUGUAAAGCAGGGGCAAGUCCAAGGGUGGCCAGGAGUAGCCUUAACCCUCUUGAAAUGUGAUUGGCAACCAAAGUGAUCUGAACUAUGAUUGGAUAUUUGCCUGAUUAGAAGUGGGCAAUGUGUUGAAAUCAUAGACUGUAUAUAGAAUGGAUAACAUCUGCCUCCUCAUCGGGUGAAGCCACUCUGAGAACAGCACCCUCUGGUGACGGGCUGCAGUCUAGGUCAUAAAUCCUGCCUCCACCAGCCAUCCUUAUGGAACUGUGGACAAACUGAAUUUAUUACACAAUAUAAAUUUUUCUCCCCCUGCUUGUGAUGUUGACAUGUAGUUAUUGUAAGACUGGUUUGUGCUCAAGUCCUUUUUUUUCUGUACAGCUCCAUUUUUAAAAGUUAUUAGGGGGUUCAUGUUUUCUAUGAUUGACACUUAAUACAGCCUAUGGGUGUACGAAGAUUGCGUAGCUCAACUGGGGAGUAUGCUAUCCGCGCCAACCGACAUUACAGCGACUCACGGCGACUCUUCUGCUGAAUGUGUACAAUGCUACUGCCCAAUGGUAGUUUCAGGAAAUGGAGAAAAAUCUCAGAAUUACCGAGAGCUUUUCGGCUUCAAAUCCUUAUACAGGCAGAACGUGGAAACAAGAUGUCCAUAGUAUGUAUAGUCUAUGAUUGAAAUCCACAAUUGAGCUGUUUUGCAGGCCAGUGGACGAGUCUCUUUUGCAUUUAAAUUCAGGAUAGUCUUUUCUUCAACACUUGUGAUUGUGAACAAACAUCUUUUCAGGUCCAUAAAAAGUUCAGUUGAUAGUAUUUGCUGUUGCCUCUAAGUUACUUUCAAAGUAGAAAUGACACAGGAAUACACCACCUCACUGACUGUAGAUAAUGCUGAACUGUCGACACACGCCCUAAACAGCAGUUUUAAUGAAAUCAAACCCUCUGAUAGCACUGACCAACAAUAGCUUGUAAACAAAUGCAGUUCACUGAUGAUUAGCGUGUAAAAAACAAACGCUUAUUUUUGUAGCACAAUAAGCUCCUUUAGUGUUAAUUCUAUUUUUGGCAGUGACUCAAAAUGUCUUUGUGAUGUUCAGAGUUGGGAUGAUGGGAGGUUUCCUGUUUUUACCACUCGGCCAAUAUGCCGGGAUUUUCGUUAGCGGUGCACUAGCACUUCAACGAUGAGUCAACACUGUUAAGGCUGUGAAAUCACACCAAAGGGAAGACAGCACAAAUGAGUAUGAUACAUGAAAGUACACACACAAGACCAAAAAGAUGAGUUUGAUUCAUUUUCACAGUGACACCACUUAUUGAACAUUAUGUGCUGUAAUCAGCAGUCUUAACUUCUGGGCAUGGAUGACACAGAGCACCCUCCAUCAGCGACUGUUGUCCUUGCUUCCUUCCAACACUACUCAGCGUAAAACUUGAGUGUCUUUAUUCCACAAAGCUAAAGCCUUUGUCAGAGAAUACGCCUCAGAUAACAUGAAGCACAUCGCACCAAGCCAAGGUUGAGGACAUUUAUUGCCUCAUUCAAAAAAAAAAAAAAAAAGGAUUGAAACUGCUAUUACAUAAUUGAAAAGAGAGCAGUCAUUCCUAAUCACCUUUCAGGAGAUAGACUAAAGAAGACUUGGAUGUGAAAAAAUGUUCAAUUUGAAUAAUGAAACCUCACAAGGCGAAUUGAGAACAAAUUAAUCCCGACCCUGAGUCAGAAUACCUGCAUUCCAAGCAUAUUGUACAUUUCGUUCUUUUCACUGUCAAAAAACCAGGAGAGGAUCUGUGAGACUGCCUCGAAUCACAGGGCCUGUUUAAGAAGCUGGAGCUAUUUACAUGCAAAGAUGAAGCACAUUAAGAAGAGCCCGGAAACAUCAAACUAUCUCCAUCUGAGGCUUUCUUCCAUCUCUGUGCUGACAUUCCCUCUUCCUCUCUUGUCUUCCCCUUCUUGCUUCACCGUAGAUAACACACUGUGCAAAUUCCAUUCAGGUGCAAACGCACAUAUUUGCAUUAGUGACAGCUGUAAAGUCAGCACCUGUUUAUGUGGGAAUUUCACAUUUAAACUCGAAAGAAAAUACAGUCAAAGCUGUUUUUACAUGUAGCGAUAAGGAGGUAAAACAGGUUCAACUUUGCACCCAAACCCGCACACAUAAAUCAGGCAAAGUCACUCCAGUACAAAGCUUUCCGUAAAUGCCAGCUGCUGGGUUCUCUGAGAAGAGAAAUGAUAAAAGCUUGUAACAAAGCCUCCUCUACAUUCAGUCUUACAGAUCAUGUCUUACACGGGCAUGACACAGCAGCCCUGGAUGACAUGCAACAUGGGCCACCGACACAGGUUAACAUAGUUUUAUAAAUGUCCCCAUUUCCUCAUAUUAAUAACCACUUAUACUGUCACUUCCUGCCCCAUCUGUCAUUACGGCUGCAGCACUGCAAAAUGCUGUGUGGCGCAAAACCUCCUUGCGCACCUUGCCGUGAUCUUUCAUUACUUCCUUAUGUCCUCUGUGCCUGUCAACUCCUAAUUGUGCAGAUCCGGUAUAACGUCUGCAAGUGUGUGACUCUCAUAGAUUAGGUUCCAAGGUCCUCUCUCGCUUAAAACUGUGACUGGUGUUUAUGUGCUCUAUACCAUUCACAGUGUGUGUGUGUGUGUGUGUGUGUGUGUGUGUGUGUGUGUGUGUGUGUGUGUGUGUGUCUGCAUACCCUUGGGUAUUUGCCUGAAUGUGCUUUCUCCGAGUGUGUGCGACUGUGUAUUGCAUGCAGCCAUGUGAAGCUGUGUGCCUGCUAGCUGCCUCCAGACUUGUAUUCCCAAAACAACCCGCAGGGCUUUGGCUCAGGUUUUUGAGUGUGCGUGUUUGUGUGUGUGUACACCUGUUUGAUAGUGACUAUGUGCAGGGUGUGCAGGCUAAAUUCUCUCUUACUGUUAUGUGCAGGUUCAUGCCUGUUUGUGUUUUUGUCUGUGAAUCUGUCUGCCAGCCGUCCCUCUGUCCCCACCUGUUUGUUAAAUUACUUUCUGCCUUUGCACCUGCACUGUGUGUUUUAUGGUCUUUGCUGGUCCUGGUCUACAGUUGGGUUGUGUUGAGACCUGGGGCAGCACCUCAGGGGUUGCCUCACCAAAGCAGCUGCCACCUUACAAAACACCGUGAGGAUGCUUUGGUGAUUUUUAGAUAUCUACAGCACAACAUUUUGUUUUGAAACACUGCAUAAUGCUUAGUUGAUAAAAACAUCCUCUAUCACACCUAAAACAUAAACCUGUUACUCAUUCAAUCAGUUUUUAUUUAUAUAGCACUAAAUCACAAUAGUUACCUCAUUGUAGUUUCGAGCUGGUCGACACCAAGCUAAUAGUAUUAAGGGAUCCAACAUAAAUCCACAUUAGCAACCACCAGUAACUAUGUGCUCAUGUUUCUGUACUUAGGUAGCUUUUUGUUCACUCGUACUUUAUUGUGAAAUUUUGAAAUCAGUGAUUCUACUUCAGUAUUUUCAGUGAGGACUGUUGUACUCCACUUCAUUGUUCAUUGCAUCUAUUACCGUGGAGAAAAACUGAAAAGAGAAAAGGAUUUCUAUCAACAGUAUGACUGCCAGCUGUUUGCCGCAUGUCUACCACUUGAUUGGCAGUCGAACUGACGCAUGAGUGUAAGUGAGAAAAAAAAACGGAUUUCUGUGCUAAGAUCACAACAAGAAAGACUUAAAUAAAUUUAGAAAGAUACCAACAGAUUUGAUCUUCCCAGGUCAAUAAGUCAUCAGCAGAACAUUGCUUUUACAAAAUGAACUCCUCUUCCCAACAACAGCAGGACAGGCUGUGAGCUACAACCUGAUCAUUGUAGUAUAAGCUCUCCUGGACAGUUUACAGGAGUCUCUACUUCAGACAGAAUCUUUACAAACACAGAAAAGGGGGCGCAAUAAAAAAAAUAUUCACUAACUCCACUUUGGAUAUUCAAGUUAUCCUUAAGCUUAAAAAAUAGCUUUUAAUUAUUUGGGGGUCAUGUCUUACUUAUCCCAUUUAUAAGCUCUCAGUAUUUAAAGUAAAUCUCAAACAAAUGUAGUAUAAUUCUUGUAGUGCUCCUCCAACCCCUGGUCAUUACAGGCAGAAACUCCAGCAGCACUGGACUCAUCUGUGACGGCCAUCUGCCAUGACCCAGCAGUUAGCUCUGGUAGUUCAGACUGAAAUUAAAGAUCUCGGUUUGUAGCGACACAGGACUCUCAUAACUUCUCAAAUGAUGCUCAGAUUCCCAUCUCAAACAAAUGUUUUUUCUCUUUCUAUUCAUAUCUAACUUGUCACGAUGUAACCAUUGCGUCUUACGUGUGUUAGAUUCUUUGAGUCAUCGCUCAGAGCCUGGCAGCCAUAAAAACACAUCAGCUAAAGAUAACCAAAGCUGAACCAGUCUGGAAGAAAAAGUGUCUAUUUCUAAUGUUGUCGAGCAGAUAUCAGUACUGAACGUAUUCACAGCGUUUCCUUGGAUUGCUGUUACCUUUACUUGGUAACUAAAUUAAUGUGGUGAACAAAGAAGUCCAAGAAUCCUUUUGAAGAAGUCUUAUUUUUCAUUGACGUGUAGUCCAUUUUGAUGAAUCUGUGGAUAAUUCGGUAUUCUGUUAAGUACAUGAAAUGUCAAAAACAGUCAAAACUCCUCACUGUUUUUAUUCUGAAUGAGAAACAGACCAAAGAUUUCCAGUUUACAAACGUGUCAAACAGAACAGCAGAAACUUCUCGCACAGGAACACAUGAACCCCGCUGAAAACGAUUCAUCAUCCAUCACUGAUCUCGCUUUAACAACAUCUAUAGGUUUUUUUUAAAUCAUAUCAUUGCUGAUCAAUUUUCUGUCACCUAUCUAAUCAAUCCAUCAGCUCCUAGAGCCCACAAGAUCUGAUUAACCUGACAAACAGAAAUCAAACAUUUCUGCCUGUCUCAGCAGAUCAGCCUGAAUUCCCACAGUUUGAUUUAUUUUCAGUCUAUAAAAGUCUACGGACAAACUUUCAAAUCUGACAAUAUUUCAUAUUUAUUCCAAACUUUCUCUUUUCUUGAAUGUGUGAAAGACUUGCACUCGCUGAUAAAAGUGACGUUUUAGGAUGAAACUGAACUGCGCUUGAUUGAUGUUUACUGUCAUUUGUUUCUGAGUGAUCAGGCUUUUAUAAACUAAAGUCAAGCCAUGAAUUAAAUUAUACUUACAUACCCAAUUUAGACUAUGGCGCUUAAUUUUGGAAACAGGCAAUUUGAUCGUCUGAGUCCCCUGCUGAUUUAAACGGGGGGCAUUUUAUUCUGAAAUCACAACAAUUUACCUAAUGAGCAACGCUUUAGAGACACUACCAGAGAAAAUAUAGCUUUGUAUAAAUUAUUCUUAAAUUCUUUUGCUAUGAGGAACUCUUUUAAGGUUUUUACAUGACAUACAUUAAGCUAACUACCCAAACCUCUUAUGACACCAGCCUGCCUGCCUGCACACCUCUUGGCAGGCCAGUGCUGCAGGCCAAAGUGAAUAUGCAACACAGUCAUCAAUACAACAUGGUGUGUGCAAAGACAGAGAGUAAUGUUGGGUGAGGGGAGCACUGUGAUCGCUCCAAAACUCCAGACUCUGAUCUUGUUAAACACUAAUUGAUGUUUCUGUGUUAACGAGCUUUACCUUAAUUAGUGGUAUUAAAAAGAACAGUGGGUGCACAGGGUGGUAAAGGGGCUUUUCGGUGGGCGGCAGGAUCGAGGAAACUAUCCGCUAAUGUUGCAUCAAACACAUGAUGAAAGGGGAGGCGGGCAAAAGAGAGGGAAGAGGAAACAGUGCAGAGGAAGUCACAGGUUGCAGGGGUGAGAGAAGAAACGGGAAGGAUUGAGGCGGGAAGAAACAGGGGGAUUGGCAGAAGAAAAGAGAGACAAGCAGAGGUGGGGGGGUGAGCUAAGCUUGAAGGUUUUCUCUGCAAACGUCGAUGAAUCAAUGAGGUGAAAUUGAUGAAGAGCAGGGGGGUUGGAGACAACAGGCGCACAAAUGUUGACUCUAUUCCCUCUCAUCUGGGCUCCUGAGCCUUCCAACCAUGUCCCCCCUCUGAUAUUCAAUUCCAGCCUUCUUUUUACUCUCCUCUUGGUUAUGCUGCUUCUCCACUCUCUCACCCCAGCCUUCUCCUCAUGCCUUCUCUCCACCUCCUCCUUCUCCUCGUCUUCCUCCUCACACCUUCUCUUAUCUCUCUUUCCUCCACACCUUCUGUCUUUCUCAUCACCUCCCCCCUCCCCUCCUGUCUUACCCCUACUCACAGCUGGUACAGUACAGAUCUCUGUGGGCAACUACACGAUGGAUCAGCUCUGCUGACACUGAAGGCAGCGCUUUACGGGCAGCAGUGCAUGCAGGAAACUGCUGCAGUAUUGGCCUGUGUGGGAAAUGCACAGAAAAUCAUGAACUGCUCUUGGAGCAUCACCUGUGGGUGAAAGCGCUGAUUGAAAUGGAUAUCAGCUUGAGAAUUCAGCUGAGAGGACCCACAGAAAUGAAAAAACAAAUAACACAUUAAUUCCAGUUUCCAUCUGGGUGACUGGCCUCACAAUGCAGGCCAGUGUAUUUGAUCCUGCACUCUGCAGCAAAUCUGCAAGAGAAGCAACACUGUGCUUUUGCAUUCAGCAUGCCAACAGCAGCAUCUUCCUCCUUGGUGGUCUCAUGGUCCAAGGCCUUAUUUCGUGUUUGUGUGUGAGUGUCUGUCUGUGUAUGUGUGUGUGUCUGUCUGUGUAUGUGUGUGUGUGUGUGUGUGUUUUUUGCUGCUGGUGAUGCCGCUGGUGUGUAUUUGCUCCUGCAUUCACUUCUCUUCAAUCAAAUUACUGCAAGGCAAAAACAAAAGUUAUCUGAGGACCCGAAGGGAAUGUAAAUUUCGGAAUCUACCUACAGAGUGAAGUCUCUCACACACUCCUUCACCCAUGCAGCUGCAAAGAAAAAAAACACACCGCCUGUUCCAGCUGUCUGAGAGUGUUUCAGGCAAGUCAGUCCGUUGGGGAAGAUUCCUCGGUGGCAGCAGAGGGAUAGCAGUGUACCGCCAUACGCCCAAAUAUUUAGCGUAUCGGGAUAUAAAUAGAUCAAGAGGGGGGAAAAACUGAUCGGCAAUCUUGCGGGUUUAGCUGUGGCUACAUAAGCUGUCACACAUAACCUACACACGCACACUCGGGCACUAACAAUGACCACGCAGCCUGAGAAAAUGAGCAUCAACAGAUAUGAUCACCUCAAUUAAUACAUCCGCAGCAGAGUGAGGAGGAAACUGCAGCCAGCGCCGGUGUUUGAAGACUUAAACGGAACCCAAACUCUGUCUUUAUUAAUAAUGCAUGGAAAAUUCCUGGCAGACAAAAUCACAGCCUAAAGCUUUAGUCUAUAUGACUAAUUGGACUGCCGGUAAAAUGAGUGUGUGUUUGGUUUGGAUAUCUGUGCCGGUUGCCGUGAGAAACCUAUGCGUAAAGAAGCUAAGAAGAGGCUCGUGAGUUUUCAGGCGCAGCAAUGACAGAGGGGUCAAAGCCCCCGUGCGCCGGCCGUUUCCACCUCUCCGUCCCCUGCCAUCCAUCUCUCCAUCACCAGCGGCCGUCCAGAUGCCGACACCCGAGCCCCUUCUGCCUGUCUCAAUGACGCGGAGCACUCGCUCACUGCCCAAGCCGCAAUUCAUCUAAGCAGUACAGAGUCAAUGUGUGCGCGGGGUGAAAUGCCUCCGCACUGCAAAUGCCAUUCAAAUAAAUGUACUUACUGUUUUUCACCAGCCUUUCCCCCCUCUUUUCCUGCGUCCCUCCAUCCUUUUUCACAUCCUUCCUUUUUGAGGUAUCCGUUUUGCGGGUGUUCCCCCCCUCAACCACCACAAACACCGCCGCCACUGCCGCCGCCACCACACACACACUCACACACACACACACGGACACGCACGCGGGGAAAAUAUAUCUCAAAAUAUAUAUAUCUUCUACAUGUAUUCAAUUUCUCCGAUCUCUCUCUUCACCUCUCUCCCUCCCUCUCUCCUCUCCACUCUCUCUCACACACUCUCUCUCUCCCUCUCCCUCUUUCCCUGUUCUUUUGUUAAAAUUCAGUAUAUGCGCCCCGUCACCUAGCAACCGUCAACCUCUCUCUCUCUCCCUCUCUCUCUGUCGUUUCCUCCUCCCUCUUUCCCUCCCUCCCUCUCUCCAUCACUGGCGACACGUGUUGAAUGCUAAACUUAGUGGUCCGGAAUAAAAUUAAUAAAAGGAUGGACGCUCUAUAUCCCCCCCUUUCUCUCCCUCUCUCCCCUCUCUUUCACUCCCGCGUAUCAUGCUGCAAUAUAAAUAUUUACUAGACCCACUCAGCCCUCUCAUUGCCUCCCCAUCCACCCCUCCUUCCCGCUUCCCCUCUUUCCCUUGCGUCCCUCCGCAUUUCCCCUCCCUCUCUUCCUCCCCUCCAUCCAUCCAUCCAUCCAUCCAUCCAUCCCUUGCUCCCUCCCUCGCCGUCCUGCCUUUUUUUCCCUCCUGCCUCCCUCAUAUCGCCUCUUUCUGCUUCUCCAAGCAAAACGGAGGCGCCACACCACACCACACCAGCGUCUGUGGAUCCACAUGUGAGUGUCACCCUGCCGGCAGUGCGUCUAUGCAUAGAGAGCUGCAGCGUGUGUAUAUAUGUGUGUAUGUGUGUGUGCGUCUGUGUGCAUGCGAGUGCGCGCGGACGAGAAAUCUAUACCACAGUAGCAUGUCAGUGACCAUGUGUGAGCAGCUUGUGGAGAGCUGAGGGAACAUGCAGGCUUCAUAACACUGCGGCGGAGUUGGUGAACUCCUCAUGUUUGGUUUCAGAGCUGGAGUGAAAUAUUUAUGUUGAAGUAACUUUUUAAAAACCAUCUGUUGAAGAAUAGAGAAGAAUUUUAUGUUGUUUACGCUCUUUUAUCAUCCUAAGGUGGAUCUCUAGGGGAUGCAGAAUGUGUAAAAGGAUUUCGAAUGUGAAAUGCGUUGUAAUCUUCCCUUCACUCAUCCCUUUUCAUUUCUUUUUUCUUCUCUGUGUGUGAUCUGAGAUCAGCUCUAAUCAAUGAAGUCAUAGUUACCCUGAGAGCAUCUGCAGACUGUAAACCGGUUUACACUAAAUGAUCUUAUGAUUGGAGUUUAACCUUCUCAGCACAAGUACACGCACACACACACACACACACACACACACACACACACACACACAUAUAUAUAUAUAUAUAUGGAUAGAGUGUUUCAGUGCAGCUGCAGCUUUAGAGGCAGUGGGGCAAAGGUCUCUCUGUAUUGAUAGAAAUGUGUCAUCCCCCAGAGGUUUGGUAAAUGAUGGACGCACACAUCAGUUCCAUCUAAUUGAACAAUCAUCAAUAUGAGACUGACUUCAAGGCACAUACACACGCUGCAGAGGACAUAAACAAGUAUUUUGUUUGUGUGUGUGUGUGUGUGUGUGUGUGUGUGUGUGUGUGUGUGUGUGUGUGUGUGUCUUAACUUGGAUCAAUGCCUCGAGGCGACGUCCCCUUUAUCAGACUUUGAAAGAUCUGUCCUGACUCCUGCAUCACUCUCCCAAACACAGUCAUCAUUAUGCCCAAUAUGCCGCCAGGUCACUCACGGUUUGUGUGAUUUUGCGUGUGUGUCUGUGUGUGUCAACCACAAUACUUUUUUUGUUUCUAACAUUUUUUGAAUGGCCAUUCACCCAAAAUUAGUGUUAUGCAGAUACGUUUUGGCUUCAGGAGGUGUUUUCUCUUAUUUAAGAACUCUGAGACGUCAUCCUCUGUCAUUGUGAGAGCAUUAAACUAUGUCAUUUUUCUGUUUCUGGAUAUAAUUGGGUUUAAAAUGACAGAGCCAAACCAUAUGGACUUCAAAAUUUCUUCAGAAGUUCAGAUUUACCCUGAUAAUUUUGAGAAAUAAAAAAUCCAGACUGUUUUGACCAGGAUAACAGACCUGACUCUUUGCAUAUGUGGAUUGGCUAGCCUCAGAUGUGUGGAUCUAUGUGAACGGAACAUACUUAAUCUACGCUACCGUUGUGACUUGUGAUUAUAGAUGAAAGCCCAAAAAGGAGCUGAAUGACGACAACGAAAUGUUGACCAAAAUCUGUGUUUGUGGGGUGUCAGGUCCUGGGUGCAGGUAUACCUGUGAAGACCUCUAGUGGGCACAGGCAGCACUAGACAUUUGUAAGUGCAAUUACAAACAUUGUAACUUUAGCAGCAUCUAGAGUAACAUUCAUUAUUGAUGACUUCAUUAGUAUAUUUUCUAGAUGAAGUAGGUCAGUUUAAAAGUAGAGAAAGAGAAAAGGGGGGCAAUCUUGUUUUGGAGGACUAACACCCCAAACCCCAAAAUAUUCACUUUGGGAAGAAAACGCCAUAAACAAAAGAGUGUGUUAAGAUUGUUCAAAUAAAAUGGAGUGAACUGUCAGUUUGUUAUAAAGAUGGUCUGACUCAGCAUGUGUUGUGACGAAAUGCUUUCAAAACAAUUAAGAAGUCAGAGUGCUGAUAGUCUUUGUGUACACUGAUCUGUGGUCAGUUUAAGGAUACAGCCCAUAUGGCAGUAAAGGUUAAGAUGUUGGGCCAUUAGUCUGAUCAGUGCGUGCCGGCUCACUGAUAAGCCUCCAUAUGGUACAGAAAGAGCGGUGGCCACUAAUUCUGUGCCGUACAAUUUGUGAUAAGGGAUCCAUAUCUGCUUCAGUGGUGCGUUCACUGUCGCGGCUGCUGCUGUAUUAAUAGGCUAGAUACACAUCAGCUAUUCAUAUUUUCUGCUAUGUGGAAAGGUGAAGCAGCUGCUCUACUCUUCAUACUCCUCUUGUUAUCUGUAUUUGCCAUGUGCAUUCAUCUUCAUUUAGAUUCAUCAAUCAAUUCAUCAUCACCCCUCCAACCCCCACCCCCACCCCCAUAUUCCCAUCUUUAUGGCAACCUCUGUUUAGCCUGGGGCCUAUGGAGAUAUUGGAAUGGCAACAUUAGGCUUUAUGAGGCAUGUGAUGGUAUGCGUCAUCACAGUAUUUUCUCCACAGUGCGUGUCGGUAUGCUUUUGUAUCACACACACACUAGCUGAAUAUAUUUACAUGUUAGUUAGAGCUCAGGAGUGAGUUUUCCUGUUGUGUAGGAUAAAGGUUGGACGUGUGAUUGAGGCACAUUGCUCUGCUGAUAUCUGUUUGUUUUCCUUGUGUUACUUUUUGUCUGUGAGUGUGUGUAUAUGUGUGUGUGUGAGAGAGAGUUAGAGAGUGUGUGAGUGAGAGAGACAGUUUGAUUUUUUUCUUGUUUGGUCUAAUCUGAUGUGGCUUGGCUCUCCUAUCUCUAUUUACGCAUCUGUUUAGCUCUGAGCUAACAGACAAACAAUAAGGUUCUCUCUCCAGCACACACACACACGCACACACACACACAAACACACUGGUGCACAAAAACACAAGGCAUCACAUGGAAUUUGGGACUAUAUGACAGCAUUUCUAUAUGCAGUUUUUCUCUUUUUCAUUUUUGUUUGCAUGUUCUUUUUAGAAAAGAAGUAAAUGUAAAUCAGCCAAAUUCGCUAAAUUAUACAUGUAUAAUAAUCCCGCAGAGAGGCAAUUACAGAAUAACCAUUAUUUAAGCAGGAGUACUAUCAGUAAAACUUCUCUGCUUCAAGUAAAAGUCAUGCAUUAGAGACUGUGCUGAGGUGACGUCCUCAAAUCAAUAUCAACAUUAUCUAGUAAUUUUACGUCAAUUACAGUUUCUACGGAUCCAACACUAAACUGUAAUGAUUGAGAAAGAGGAGGGGAAGGAAAAGAUUGUCCUGAAUCAUACCUCUUCUCACCUGAUUUUAUUUGAUUAGUCAGCUUAUGCACUUUAAAGGAUUAGGAUUCUGUUUGAUGUGCAUUUAUGCUAAACUCAGGAAAUGCUUCUGGGUGUUAAAAGCUGUUGUAGGUUCAUAAAUGGGCCCUUAGUUCACACACAGUCAUCAGCUGAGCAGUGAAAAGGCUGCAUAGGGGGAGAGAGUUUGCAAAAGAUGAAAUAUUUCCUGUAACUUUGUGUUGUUUAAAAAUGAAAAUAGCUUCCCUACAGCAAACAGAAUAGAUGGCAACCUUUUUUUUCCAGCUGAAGCUCUCCUGAUGCUCAAAAUACAGUGGUGCAAGUUAUUUAUUUCGUCCUAUAACUAAACCUUCAACCUAUAAACAGAAGAAAAAUUGUAGGAAAACAAAAGGGCUGUUCUCUAUUUAACAACGCCUCGGUGCUCCAUAUUUACAGUCUUUAUGCUUGCAAAAUGUUUAAUUAAAAGGCAAUCAAAUAACCAAAACCGAAACCAAAUGUCUCACACACACCUUGAAAAACAGCCAACACAUAGUCUGAUGUAGUUCUAUUGUGAAAGGCAGAAGAGAAGAGCAGGCCGCAGGUAAAAGUUUAGCCAACAGUGUUAAAUACUUGAUUCUGAUUAGACAAUAACCUGCAGAAUCAGCAAUUAAUCCACAACAGCAAAAAUCAAUGCCAAGAACCUGCAGAUUAUUCAUGUCACAUUAAAUCAACCAGCUUAAAACAUUCAAGCUCACUUCACCUCUGUCUGUUGACACUGUGGCCAAAAUGUGAGUUUCUAUCCCAGACUAGUCUUGAGUCAGGAUGUUAACAGUCUUCUGGCACAUGUGAGAGCAACCUGAGGAGCAGCUGGGCGACAUCGUCUCUGAUAGGGAAAAAGGGCCAAAUCUCGUCCUGCAAUCCAGGCAACAGAAGUGGGGAAAGCAUCUCUUAGUUACCCCUUGUUGUUCAGACAUUAAAGAAGUUUUCAUUUUAUUAUAUGUGUCAUAUGUAUAUACAUAUGUGUCCAACCCACGUGGGCUUACAUCGUACUAUUGAUUUAUACAACCCAGGGUGAGAGCACAGAACAGGACUGUCUCAACUUUGAGAGAAGGAAUAAAUUAAAUUUAAAAAAUGAUUUAUAAACAUUUACUAUCUAAGGAGGAUAUCUUGUCUUCUUUUCUAGGCCUCUGAGACAAAAUUAGCAACUUUGAACUCAACAGUCCACUAUGUUAUUUCCGGCCUUUGGCGAACAACUUCAUAAAACACUAUCUUUCUCAGGUCAUAUUUUUUAUAGUGUAAAAGAAAAUGAAACUCUGUUUGCACUUUAUCGUAAUCACACAAUUCACAAAGCCUACUUUCCUGGGGAGGAUUUUUGAAUUGACCAACUUAAGUAAGAUGUCAUAUAUAAUUCAGAGUUAAAAUCCAGUUUUAUUUGCAUUCGUGCCCUUAGUUUUGUUUUAAUUACAUGUCCUCGUCAUGAAUAAUUCUAUGAAAAUGAUCAUUCUGUAUGCUGUUGGUCUAUUUUUGCUUUUGUAGCUCAUCAAAUGCUUUCAACACUAAUUGUAGUUAAUUUCAUUAUCAGCUGAAAACUCCUCAUCAGGAGCAACAUUUACUGCUGACCUGUUAUUUAGGUUGUCAAGAUCAACAAGCCAACAGCAUGUGGUUAAUAUCACUUUAAGCUCAACCCUCAAAAGAGAGUCAUGGACGAAACAGGGUUGUUGUUGUGCAAUGAUUCUUUAUGAAUUAUCAAAAAUACUCGCUUUCAGUUGAAUAUUUUCCUGCGUGGUAUCGCUACGCUGACUCGAUUAAAGUUUGAAGAUAUUUCUCAUGCGUUAUUUUAAAAACCCACCAUGUGUGACCUGCAUGUUUGCUGCUUUACAGCUUUGUUUUCACCUUUUGUUCGACUGAAAUAUUCAGUUUAGUCAAAUCAAAAAGAUAGCCUGAAGCUUUAACAGUCAACUCUUUAACUAUGCAGGUAUAAUAAGACUUUUACUUCUCACAAUAUGAUUAAGUGAUAAAAGUACACGUUCAUACAUGAGUUGUUUAUCACAAUUGAUUGAAAUGAAAUGUGAAUAUUCUGGAUUGGUAAGGCUCAGUGUUCCAACAAAAUAAUGACAAGUGAAAUCAGGGAGAGGCAGGAGAGACGAGAGCCUGACAAAAACAUUUUCAGCCCACUCACUGUCACAGGUGGUGAACGUUUAAAACCACAAAAAUACUAAUUUUACUGUAUGAACUGAUAUUUACAGCACGCUGGGUUUAUUUAUAUUCACUACUUUAAAUAUUUAUCAUGCUUUAACCUCAGUAACCUUUUAACUCUCCCCCUUUUAUUUUCCGCCGUGCCUUUGUCAGGUCCCAGUGAAACACAAAAAGACAGCAGAAAGAGGAGUGAGAGGUUGUGAGGAGGCUUCAGGUGUCUCAGAGGAGUGGUGUCAGACCAGCUGUAUACUCUCCCUGAAAUUGAAUUUGGCAUGUUCCCACAGGCCAAAUGACGGUUUAAAGUCACACAUUUGGCUUUGAUGGCUGCAGCGUGUGGCGGCUGCUCCCCUUUACUUGUUGAAAUAUAUCCCAUCUUCUAGUUCAAUGACAGGCAUUUUUAUUUUAAAUGUCCGGUUUUGUUGUAUCUUUUCACUACCAAUUACACGAUCCUCUGUCUGGCAUGGAUGACGUUCAACAAAGAGCCCUAAGGCUCUGGGGAAUAAACUGAAAUUUCAACAUGAUGCUCCAUUUAAGAAAUGUUUGUGAACUCACAAAAUGUUAUUUCUUUCUGUAAAAUAAAACUGGGCUUAAGGCGAUUCGGAUAACUCUCUGAUCCUAAAUUGACUCUUUGGUAUUAGCAGUAGAGACAUGAGGAUUUGACAUAAGGCGAGUCGAUAUGCAGACAGAGAGCAUGGAGGGAGUUCAGUGCCGAAUAGUGAGGGGCCAUAGGGUGCUGCCAAGUUUUUAAAAGAACCAGAGAUGCCUUUUCAACUUUCUUGAAAUUCCUCGCCUUGCAUUCUGUGCCAUAUGUGUGCAUUUACUUUGCAUUCAGCCUCGGAGUCUAUCUCUCUCUCCCUUUUUCCUCCAGCUCUCACACACUGGGCAGAAAGUGAAGGAAAGAGGCAAUUGAAUUUCCUUUCAGCAGUGGUGUGUGGAAUGGGAAAAAGUUCAGGGCCACAGUGCUAGCCUCUAUCUCACACAGACACUGAACGCAACCUUAAUCCAUUCCUCUGCCCUUCCCCUUCUUCCACACAUACUUGUCUCUAAAUCCCCUCCACCACUCUCUACUCCUGGAAUAAAUUAUUUCAUUUCUUUUUGGUCCACAGCAUUUUUAUUCGUCUCCAUGGUGCGCCUCAACUGCUGUCCCGGCGGAGAGCCCUGAUGAAUGUGUUGGGCUCACACCCUCUGAUCAUCUCUGCUCUGAACGCCUUUAGAUACACACUGGCUUCUGGCUCCCUCCAAUGCACAUAAGGACUCUCUCUCCUUCUCUCACCCUCCACUCCCUCUCUCCUCUCUCUCUCUCUCUCUUGCAGACUCACAAAUACACAAAGGAAUAAAACAAGCUAUAGAGCAGAUCUGGAUCCUUUAUCUUUUUCUUUGCAUGCACAAACUCUGUAGAGACACAAACACAUUUUUAUUCUCCUCUUAGGAGACGAGCCAACGUAGUUGUUCCUUGUUCAGAUUAAUGAUGACAUUUACGAACACUGAACAAUUUCCAAUAACAUCUAUAAUUCAUCCGGGAACAUACGUUCAACAAUGAGUAGAAUUCGGUCUAUAUUGCGGAGCUCAUGAAUAUGAAAAAAGUGUCAAAUGAAUUAUUCUUUUUUAUAACUGGAGUCUCAGGACUUAAACACCAAAGCAAGAAGCCUGUGUGAGUGUGUCAGCAUUACUGCACAUGUGGAGUGCACCGUGUGUGUGUGUGUGCAUGUGUUUGUGUGUUCAUUUAAAAGACCUAAUGACUGUAGUUACACUUUUCCUCUGGAUAAGUUGUCAUGUUGUGUUGCCGCUCUGUUUGGCUUGUCUGGAGGCCCCCUAACAAUGUCAGCUAAGACCCCAUCCUCCUUGCUGGCGUGCGUGCUUUUCCCAGUGGGACAUAGCUUGACAACAAGAGAUUGGGAUUCGAUAAGGAUAAGUGAACGCUCUGUUUCAUCCCAAUCACUGGGGGAUUCACUUCGAACUUCUAACACACCAAAAAAGCACACAUACACACAUAGAAACCACUUCUCCCCCCUGGCGGGCCAGUGGUAUCAAUUAAGAAGCUGGUCCAAUCAAUGUCUUAGCACAAGCCUGAUACUCAACUACAAGGAGAUUAACACUAAGCUUACAUCUUAACACAAAGGAGCCAGCCACACAAGGAUACAUACAAAAGACCCCCCCCCCCCCCACACACACACACACACAUUUACACAGCACACCACAUAGAGAUCUGAGAUUAACAUCCAGCCUUUUUUGGGGGCCGCUUCUGGCACAUUUGAGUCUUAAGACACUCCAGGAAAAGAGCAUAAUAACGGAAUGUGUACUUUUCUCUUUCUCUCACUGUUAUUCUUCCUCCCCUCUUGUGUCUCUCUUUCACGGCUAAAGUCUGACCUAAAUACUUCAGGUUUUUGAUGAUCGGACCAAAACAGAGAUCAGAGGCAUCCAGGGGGCUUGUGGUGAUAGUGGAGUGUAAAGGAAGGGAGGCAGUGGAUCUGGACACACUUACACUGAGAUGCAGGUUCUUACUAUUCUUCAAACGAAGUGUACGACAUAGAGCCCAUAAACCAGCCAAACCUGAUCCCACAUACUGCUGAAUUCAUGAUCUUAAAUCUUACUCCAAGCAUUACCUUUCACCUUUCCAUGAGAUGAAAAAGCUGCAGCUGUAUGUGUGCCCUCCACCAAGCCAGUGCUAAUCCAAGCCUGGUUGGGGGUGGGGGUCCAUCAUUCACACACUUGGAGGGGACACCAGAGAACCUUUAACCUUGGCUUGUGACAACACCUUGAGAUGGAAGAGCUGGUAAUGCAGGGAUGGCAGCCGGCCCACUAGUUAAUGAUCUUUUUUCCUUUUUUCAAGCUUAAUACAGAUCCAUACUGCUCUCUACUAUUGCAGGACUGCCACCUUCACACACACACACACACACACACACACACUUACACACACAGUGUCUUUCCACCAAACAUUCACAGCCCCAUGAACGGUCAGGACAGGAAACAUAGAGGUCAAAGAACGCCUCACCAGUUUUCUAAGUGCACCCAUUCAUUUUUCAUUUAAUGAUGUGAGGGGAUGUGAUAGGUGUAAGCACCGUGAUGAAGUCCCCUCCAAUCCUAUCACCACCCGCUUCUUCCUUCCUGCAGAGCACGAAAUAAGGACGGGCAGCUCUGACCAGGCGGAGUUUGAAAAUGUUUCAAUCAGGUUAGAGUACAGCUCUGCUUCCUCAGCUGAAUUUUAGUCAGCGUCGAAAGAUGAAUUAUGUAGUUCAUUACUAAACUAAUACAUUCAGCUGUUACACUCCAGAAGUGAAUUUUUUUAUUGUACACAUCAAUCAUAGUUUUAUAACUUACAGGUUUUACAAAGUGAGAAAAUUUUUAAUUUCAUUUUCGAGGAAUAAUUGAAUAAAUCACCAAAUUAAGAGUUGUUUGUAUGAAAAUGAAGUCAUGCAGAGUAGAGUUUGAAUUCUGGCACAUUUUCAGCUCAAGACUUGCCGCGCUUGGGCUACAGGGCAUAAACCUAACUAAUAACAGUGCAGUGUUUGGAACAAAGCAAGCUGUAGAUGCAACAAAGUACAAUUUAUCCUCUUACAAUGUGGAACUAUGGCAGUGUUGCCAACCUCGCGACUUUGUAGCUAGAUUUGGCGACUUUUCAGACCCCCACUAGUGAGUUAUUUUCAAAAAAGCGCCUAGCGAUAAAUCUAGUGACUUUUUCUGGAGUUUAGAGACUCUAACAUGAACACAGGUAUUGAUGUUACUCUUCUCAACGGAUAGCUGGUGUGCAUAAAAAACACAGACACAAACACAUACAGACACCUUCAAAGCUUCCUCAGGUGACAGGCUGCAGUGUAAACCGUAAGCCUCCUCCACCACCUCAAGUAUCCGUCCAAGCUUGAGGCUAAGACAUGUAGAGCUCCCCCUGCUGGCUGACUGCAGUAUAUGCUCUGAAUUGUAGGUAGUUCUUCAUAUCCAGAUUAUUUAGAGAAAGUAAUGUAGGUAAUGUCUUCAUUGAUGCCUGGAAAAGUUUUAGUUUGUGGAGAGGGGAAGCUGUGAGAGUACAACAGUAGAGUACGUGAUGCUCUGGUGCCAAAGUGUGGCAUCCUGCUAAAUCCUCAGUUUGAGUCUGACUGAAAAUUUUAACCCACUACCACCAAGCAUCCCACUGAGGUGGAUUUUGAGUAUUUUACUUGCAGUAUAUAGAGUGUGUUCAUCCCCCCUUCAAAAAUUGCUUGGUCAUGCAAAACCAAACCUAGCAGGCUCUUUCUCUGUUUUCUCAGGUUCCCACUGGAGCAUGCAUGAAGAUUGUUUUACUAAAAGGUUUUCUUCUGUUCCUUUAAUUAAUGUCUACUAUCACUGACUAAUUUUCAUUCUCAGAUCUGAUCACAGUGUCACAAAUCAAGGUUAUGAGAUUGCUCAUUAAUAUCAGGUCCCCUUGAUGAAAUGUUAAUAUCCAGAUAAUGUAUCUUGACACUGAUCUCAUGUUAAUAUAAGAUAGAAAUGGAGCCUGAAAGGAUUUUUUACCCAACUAUCUCCCCUCACUUUCCUGUUGCCUACCUCAUGUCAUCUCCAGUUAGAGUGAAAAUACAUAGAUAUUUCCUCCAUCCAUGACUAAUGUAAAAGACCGAAGCAUUUUAAACUAGAAAAGCACUCUGAGAGCGCAGACCUCCGCCAAGCAGCUCAUGUCCCCCCUUAUAUUGUGAUUCACACCAAAACUUUUACUGUUACGUGUCUUUUAUUAACUUUUAUUUGUAUUUAAACUGGUAUGUUCACUGUUCAUAAUGUUCCUAAAACAAGAAAUGCCCUGACCUGGAUUCAAACCCAGAUCCUUCUUGCUGUGAGGCAACAGUUUAGUUUAGUUUAGUUUAUUUGAUCAUCAUCACAGUGUCAAAUACAAUCAUACAUAUACAGAAUCAUGCUUCAUGAAAAGCAGUCUGUAACACCCUGUUAGUUGAUCAAAAGGAAUAGGCAGAAGCUCAAAGCUUGUUGAUGCCUAUCCUACUUACUCAUGUUUUACCAAAAUUAGUUUAGGUACUCAGUAUGUAACGAGUAGGUUUGACUAGCUGAGCAUUCCAAAGUAAAAGCAAAGCAAGAACAGAACGAAAAGGAGCAGCAACCAGAGGAAACAGGAAGCAUGUAAUUUAAUUUAGGAUCAAAAUAGAUCCAACUUCUAACUUAUGUAAAUCCUACAUAACAUCUACACCACUGUGCCGCCCAUUGGUUAUCUUUCAGCACUGAAAAUUCCAACGACACCCUUAUGUUUCUGUGUUCUGGAUCACAGUAUCCGGAAUUUUGUCUGGAUCAGGAUCAACCUUUGACACCUCAUAAAACUCAUUGAGAUCCUUUUGUGUAAUUUUUUUACUAAAGACUCUGGACAUUUUUAUAGAGUUAAAUGCAAAAAUUCCAAAAUUUGCCCUAUCUCACAAUGAUAAAGAAUCGUUUAAAAAAUUCCUGGAUCCAGAAGGCGAUCCGGAUCACCACCAAAAUGUAAUGGGAUCCUCCUGGGGCUGAGACGCACCUCUGGUGAAGAUUUCAGGUCAAUCCGACUGUAACUUUCUCUGUAAAGUUGCUAACAGACAACCAACGCUACCGAAAACAUAACCUCCUUGGCGGAGGUAACAACAGUAAACAUUUCCAUCCUGCAAUAAUCAAUCAAGCAGAGAGAAACCAAUCCAUUGAUCAGCUCCAUAAUUUGCCAGAUCAGUCAGCCAGGAGCCCUGCCAUUUCUCACCAUGGUUACCCAGUCAACAAUUAAACAAUCAAUCAAGGUAAUUCAUGAGUCGAUCAACUGCUGAAAACACAUCCAAGUCAAUCACCCUGUAAACCGAUGUGAUGUAUGCGCUGCCAGAGCUCUGUGAGCGCCGAGUCCAGGGAGAGACAAGCAAAGCACACCUCAGCUCUCUGAAGUGGCUUCACUUCUCUAAACACUGAUCUGAUAAGAUAGGAGCCAACCCCACCAGGAAUUUGUUUUCAGAGCUGAUGAUAGUGGAGGCACGCAGAGAAGAGACCCACUUUGGCCCCUGUCUAAGAAAAGAAAGUGAAUUCCACCAGAGAGGAAGAAAACCCAGAGGCAGUUAUUGGUUCUGGCCCUGUCACACUGACCCCCAAAAAAACCAAACAUCUGCUUCUCUUACUUGAUGGUGAGGCAACAAUACGUGCUUGGCACAGCCCACCCAUCAACUUAACAAAAAGAGAGUCGUCCCGUGACUCAAGGGCACACACGGGCGAGGAAUUAUGACUGCUUCGAACCCACUGCUCAUUGACUAAACAUGGAUUCAAUUAGACCAGGCUGAAGGUCAUGAGGUAAUGCAAUAUGAGCAAGUCUGGCACGGUGCUUAAUGGAAGUUCUCAUGGCUUUGGUAAUAUUUAAUCCAACAGCCCACUCUGACCACCCUUGUGUGUCAGCCAUUUAUUUCCCCCUGAGUGCUGUCAUAACCUGAGUGUGGGGAGAAAACGUGCUCUAAAUUCACUGACUCAAGUUAACAAAGCGUGUUACUUAAUGCUGCCAGAUAUAGAAAGAUGAUAGAAGGUGUUGUUGUUGAAAACAGUGCUGGCGACAGAGAAGAAAGAACAGAUAAAGAUCAGAGGGAGGGAGGGAGGGAGAAAAGGACGGGGUGACACAGGUGAGGAGGUAGUAAAGCACAGUGGGCGGGGAGUGGAUACUAUGGGAGGGAGAGAAGGAGGGAGGGAGAGAAAAAAGGAGAUAAGGAGGGAACAGACGGAGGAAUUUGUGAGGAACUGAAAGCAGUUGAGGGCAGCUGAGGGGAGAGGAAGACGCAGUGUCAGACGACAGGAGGUUACACAUGAAAAGUCUGUGUAAGGUAUCAAACAAAGAAAACCGAGUGCAGGAGAGAGAGGGAACAGGUAGAGUUGGUUGGGUUUCACGUUUACCUCACGGCUAAUUACUACCUCCUCACUGUGGUGAAGGAAAAGCAAACAGAAACUAAGUCAGAGAAAACGGCUAACAGAGCGGGGAAGGGAAGAAGGCGGGAGAAGAGAAAGCAGAAGUAACAAGAAAAAGAGACAGAAGUUAAAAAAAAACAGCUCCCGGGGAUUGAUUGAGAAAGAGAAACAAAUAAAGUAGAAAGACGAGGCUGUAAGGAGAAAGCGAGGGGUGGAAAGUAAGAAAGCAGCAGAUACUCAUUGACAGAGAGGACUGGACUUAACGCCAUGGAUUACUGACAUCAGCAAAACAAAGGACGAGGAGCGUCAGAUAAAAAAGAAAAAAAAGAGGUCACUGCGGUCCAGCAGUAGUGAAGCCUGCCUGAGCUUGUCUACAAUGCAACCAAGACCACUGAGCUAGAAAGACACAAACACACUCAGUUCAUAAAGACAGUCCUCUGUGCUACAGCACCAUGUUGAUGAAAGAGUACCGCAUAUGUAUGCCACUGACUGUGGAUGAGGUAAGUGUAUUUGUCUUUCCCACACACACACACACAUACACAGACAGUUACAGCUUUAAAUUGAAAAGGUUUUGUUUACAAUGUGAACGCUCGAGACUUGUAUUCUUGAAAGUGUUAACAUGCUGAUAAGAAAAGUGCAAACAGGGCGCAGAGACCUCCCGCUGUGUCUCAGUGGGAGCUCUGGCAUGCUGGGCAGCGAGGAAUGUUCUGCAACAACGAGCUCAGGGCCGAUCCGACUGAGCCAACCAGCAACACCUGGCCAACAGCAGCAACACCACAGCACAGCACAUGUGUGCAUGUGCUGUGUUUAAAUUAUACCCCCAUCUGUUUGCUCCCAUGUUUUCUCGGGUGUUUAAGCACUCCUAGCAUAACUAGUCAGACUGGUUACGGCUUUGCAGGACAUAGAGUCAAACAGAGGCAUGCGGCCUGCAGGCUAGUAAACAAAGGAGAUCUAGCUGCAGAGAAGAGGCAGACGGACUAGGGAGAUAUGCACCAAAGUGCCCUUCAGGAGGAAUGUCCUCAUCACCUCCUGUACCAUCCUCCCCCCUCCCUUCAUUUCUACCUGUUACCACAACAAUGACAGUGACAAAUAGCAGUCCAAAAUAGGAUUUACAGUAUCAGUACCCAGCAGACAGAAACUUGAGCACACAGCAAAUCCUCUUUCACUGAAUGUAAUGCAAGUUUAAGUGCGGCUUAUUUAAGACAAAAUCAAAUCAGGACUCUUACCUCAGCCCAAGCCAUUAACAAUGUCCCUACUCUCACUUCAUUCUCAAAAGUAAAUAGUGUUGACUUUCAAGUGAAAAAUAUCCAGCAGUAGCUCUGUAACACAAUACAGCCUGGCUGUGGAACGGAAUGUUCAUUGUGUGCUGCUGUGGGAAAAGCUGGCAGGUGAAGGCCGUUAUUCAGGUGUAUGAGCGGGUUGCUGGUGGAGAUUUCAAUCACUGAACCUUAACAUGCAACAGUUGAACUGUCUGAAUAAGAUACUGGUCUGUAUGUUUUUUUAAAAAAAACAUAUGUACACACAAAACACUGGAGGAAAUAUUUAAAGGCACUUCAAGCUUUUCCCAUCAUCCCACAUUAACAUGACAGAGCCAUUGUUCUGAGUUGGAUUUCUUGCCAGGACUGGAUUAAUCCUGCAAUAACCAAGACAUCUUCAUCCCUGUAGUCAGAGACCUGGUGGUAACUGCUGUACUUCACCUCUAGAAUUCAUUUUCUGUCGUCGAACCUACCUACGUCUCUGAGCCUGAUCCACCAUGUUUACAUGGAAGCUGCUGAGGAUGGUUCUGUUGUCUGCUUGCCAGACUUCAGCUCUUUUUCCAUGGCCUGUGCUUUGUGAGCAGGGUGUCUUAUACCUGACGCUUAAGCUCUGUAGUCUGAGCUUUCAGACUAGUCAGUAUGUGAGUUAACUAUCUUAUAGAAACUUAACAAUGUGUACAUCAAGAUAACCUGUAAAUCACUCAUUAUUUAGACCAAGCAGGCAGAGUAAUGGUGGGGAAAUUCUGCAGGAAUAUUGAAUCCGGAAAAUAGUAUUAAGUUUCAAAACAAUCUGAGUGUAAACUAGUAAAGUUUUGUUAUAGCAAAGUGACCAGUGUGAUCGGACUCCAAGAUAUAAAUGACAAAACUAAAAUGUAGACAUUUGAUGCCGGUCCUGACAAUAAGUGAGUGCGAACUAGAAGGAUAACUGAGUUUCUACUUUAGUUACUGGGCUGUAACAUUUCCACCUCAAAUACUGUAAAUGGAAAACUUGGAUAAAAACAUACACUGUCUUUAAGUUGAUGGUUAACUCCAGACUGUUCAAUUUGGCACUAUGAUACUUUAUUUUAACAAUACAACAAAUAACUUGCUGAAACAUUUCCUGUCCUGAGACUCCCAAACUAAAAACAGCUUACUCUUUCUAUAGUGAUUAAAUCUGCAGGAUGUUAGCGAUACGAAAGAUGGGUCAGCACAUCGGGGGUACUACCCCAGUGAUAUUCUGCAUUUCCUGCAAACAAGAGUGUCCACAUAAAUCGUGGCUUUCUUAAAACCUUCCAAGGCUGGCUUCAGGACUAACUAUUCAUGGGUGUGGGUAGAGUAACUUCAUCUGUCAUCUCCCCCAUGUUACAUACACUGCAGUGGUAACGAUGCACUGCUGCAAAGGUUAUAUCACUAGCUGGUCACUAAGUUGACCUCUUCCUCUCCCGGUGCUGCUGCUUCUUCAUCUUCCCUCUGUUUUAUGGUCAGUGUCAAAUGGCUUAAAGAAUUACCACUGCUCCCAGCUGUCAGUCAGUAAGUUUACAUGCACAGUGAAGUCAAGCUACAGUUAUAGGUUAGUAAGGCAAUUGAACUGGACUACUACCCUUGUCACAGUUUACAUGCACUGGGUAAAAAUCAAAUUAGAAGCAGAAGCAUGUCCACCAUUAUUCAUGUCUGUGGAGGUUUUGUUUACUACCUGGCUUCCUAGCAACGCAUCCAUGCUAUUUAGCUUCCAGUUCAAAGCCCAGCGUGCAAACACUGGAGUAUGAGUAGAACACUUAGUUCCGUUUCAGUUCGAUACCAGAGAAAAUCAAUCCCCUCCACCAUUAUCCAGGUAUGUUAGUCUGAUAGUGAGAGGUUCGAUUUAGUGUGAUUUUAGACUAAUGUGUGAACAUGUUUUUAAAAGUGCAGUUUCAGUCAGACUAAAGCAACAAAUUGAUUUUUUUAACAGCUUGUAAACGCACUGAAUCGGCUAGUUUCGAGAUGUUACCAUAUGCCCGUUUUUAGCACAAUCUCAAUAGUUGGUCUUUUUAAGAAGAAAGUUUUCAUGUGUAGCUGUAUAUUGGGACAGCCCUCAUUAUUAUAAUUCAUCACCCCAUUAAAGCAAGUCAAAGUUUUUUUUUUUUAUUAUUAUUAUUAUUAUUAUUAUACACAAAAAAUCCAAUUACACCCCCAAAAAGGGCAACAUAAACACAAUGGGCAGUAUUGUCUAAAAACUGCCAAACGCGUGGCUGUAUAGGACUUUUUACACUUACAAACAGAACUCCUCAUUUAAAAUCCUCAUAUACAUAUAUUUAUAUACUGUACAUUUAUAAAUGCAAGUUUAAAUCCCCCUUUACUUUGGCUAUAUGCUGUCCACUGGUGCAGUGCUGGUUAUAAAAUAAGACGUAAGCAAGUCCAGCAGCCUGCCCUUCAAACUUUGGACCCUUUCUCUCUCUGUCAGUUGGUAGGAAAGAAAUAAAACUCAUUUAAUCUAACUUGAUUCAGUGUUGUGAGGCUUUGAAGUGUGAGGUUGUUGAAACUUUUUUUGGCGCUGUGCCUCAUCACUUGAAGUGCUUGAUCUGUGAGGGUUUUAAUUUAGGAGUGGGGCCAAAGAUCAUGUUUGUUGAGUCGAGAACAAAAAUCAAUUUCAAAUAUUCGGUCUGUAUUUGCAGAACAGUUUUAUUUUUGUUGUUGGUAGACAGAUCUAGUGUUACGUAACUACUAUGUUUGUUCUUCUCAUUUUAUCACUGGUAAAGACAACGGUGGCUUCGAGUCGAACUUCUUUUAAUCACUGAUUCUCUCAUUUUUUGCUGCCUUCAUUUUGACUCCAUCUGCAGCCUCCACCUCACAAUGAAGAGUUAUAUUUACACCUCUUUGGAAUUUGUGACAAACUCACUGCUUGUAAACUCAUUCUUGCCUUCUAUUUAAAAACAGGAGGAGGAAAUGCAUGUCAAACAUGUCUAAAACGAGCCUAAAACACAUCACUCACCACAGCCAUUCACCAGCGGGCCUACAGAAUGGUGAUUUAAAGGAGCGAUACGUCUCUUCUUCUUCCUGGUUAGAUUGAUUGUUUGAAAGUGAGGAGGAUUCACAACCUCUGAGUGUGUGUGUGUGUGUAUGUGUGCGUGAGUGAGUGAGUGACUCAGUGUUUGUAGUCUGUUAAGCACCCAUCGCUUUGAUUAAUUAAGCCCUAUGAAUACCCAAUAAGUAAAUAUUGAAUGUUGACAUUCUACAGUAAUGGGAACAAGAAGGAGGAGUGUCACAUUGAUGUCAGCAGAGUACAGUGAACGAUAGCAAAUUAAAAUCUGCCCUCCUCUUUCUCUCUUCCUCCCCAUCUUUCUCUGUUUCUGCUUUUAAUUAAAACAAUGUAGGCCAACAGAAUGGAUUACAUUGUGGUGGCCACAGCAGAGCGGUUCAGUUCUUUGCAAUGCCAUUUUAUUACUUUUCUUAAUAACGUGAAAAGCUAAGUUCACCGAGCAGUUUGCAAUUAGAGGCAACAAAAACAAGUGUACAUGGACAUGGUGUUAUGGAGGAAAAUUCAAAGAAUAGCAGUCAGGGCAAAUAUUGCAGUCUUAUUGUGUACAGCAUCUGAUUUGUGCAUUGUUUGAAAGAAAAAAAGGGAUUCUGUCAGGCUGAGCUCAUCCACAUGCCCAAAGGCCUCGUCCUCUUUAGAAAUUUUUUAUCCCGCCUCAUCAGCAUAGACCACAGAGUGGGGCUGCCGCAGAAAAACAAAUCCCCCCUAAUUUAGACACCAUGCAUUCCCACACACUGGCUAAAUUAGAAUCUGACGUCUGAUAUGGUUACUUGAGGUUAAUCUUUGUACACAGCGAACAGCUAUUCUGAGCAAAUACAGGAAGUUUGGACUAACUAAUGCUGAACAUGCAGCCUGCCGAUUUCUCUGUCCUCACUCUCACCAGAUACUUCUGCUCAGCGACUGCGGUGGGUGGUUGUAAUCGUUCCCUCAAUGGAGUGUGCAGCUUAUUGAUAAGACCAGACUGGAUUUUUCGUUAUUGAAGUCCCACAAAUCCCUUCUUCCCUUUUAGCCAAAUCUUUUGGGAUGUCUCUUAAUUUAAAACUCUUCUUAAAUUUUGAGUUAAGUGAGUCCCCUCACUUAUGCACUCUUAUAUCACAAAUUUGCAUCAACAAGCUUUAAAGAAUGCACAGCAUACACUGAACUGUGUCUUCAGACAUCUACUCAUAACAAGAAAACUACUUAACUACUUAACAGAAAAAAAGAAAGAAAGCUCUUAAAGAGCAGCUAAGGAGGUACCCAGCAUCCUUUGUGGGCUUAAAUAUAAGCACCAAAAGUUUUAUCCAGAUAAGGCGCCUUUACUGAAUAUUUGCUGUUGUGGUGACAACAACCACUGGCUCAUGGGCUGGUUUAUGCUUAAAUUUGUAAAAGAAGAACUCAGAGACAGUCAUUCACCAACUGCAGUUUAAAGCUUUAGUUAGUAUUAGCUUCCAUUAGCUUAAAUAAAUGCACCACCCACAUAGUAAACCUUCAAACCUGCAGGAGCAACUCAGCUGGUUGAAAAAACAUCCACUGGCAUGGGAGUGAAUAGGAAAUCAGCUGACUUGACUUUGUACAACAGGAAGUCUUGACAAGUUUACAGCCUUUCCCUCAAGUUUCAAGUAUUCUAAGUCAGAGUAAAAUAGACAAAAGAGCAGGAUAUGUUAAGGUCGAUGCCACCGUGAUUGCAAAAUAGCUACCAAAGUGUAACAAUUGUUCCCACCUUUUCAUCCAAAUAUGCUCACUUCAUUCCCUUAGGUAGUCAGAAAGUGAUGGCUUCAAAACAACUGCUUUCAAACCAUGUAUGACCCACAGAUCAUGUUACCCAAAUAUGUUUUGUCUUUGACUUUUUCUUUUAUUGAUGGAAAAAUCUGAAGGCUUUCCAUCAUUUCAGCAGAUUAGAGAGUGAUCCAUUGACUUUUCAUUCUUCACGAAGCAUUCCCUCUGUGUCUGGCAUGUGAAAUGUGGAAGAAACUUUCACUUAUUUACAUGCCUCUGUAAAACACACAAAAGAUGUAUCUUGUCUGUAAUUAUGUCUAAGCCAUGUGACCAGAAGAGCCACAUCAGUGUUGGUUACUUGAUCACCAGCUCUCACUUCUUACCCCCAAAAUAACAGCAAGGUUACUUAUAAUGUCUUACCACUCGGUUCCACAAUGUUUGUGCCCAAAUGUGUUGACUCUGACUCCAAGUUUGAGGGACUAAACUUUUCUGUCCCAUCUGCUCACUGUCUGCGUUGUGGCAAUAUAUUUAAUUUGGAGUCAACAGUGGAAUUUAAAUUCAGCUGUAUGAAUGACUUACAUUAACCAAUUCUUUACUCAUGAAAUAAACACAUUUAAAUUGUGUCACUUUUAAAUGCACGUUGAGAAUAAGGUAUGUUAGUUUGCUUUGUGCUCUGUGUCUCCUCACAUAGAUUUUUUUCUCUCUCUCUCUUUCUUUGUCCAAUCCUCAUUCUCACCACUUACCCUGAUCCUAAACCUCUCCUCGGGCUCCAGUACAGGAUCGGACAGCUGUAUAUGAUCAGCAAGCACAGCUGUGAACAGAGCGGUGGAGGAGAAGGGGUGGAGGUGGUGAGGAAUGAGAAAGACACUCAUCCCCAGUAUGGCCCAGGACAGCUGACCGAGAAGAGAAUCUACCUCAGCAGGUAAUGGAGUCAUACUUAGGGUGUACUUAAAGGAAUAAUUUGAGCUGUUUGCACCCUGAGCCACAUCCUCACGUCGUCAGCUCUAUUAUUAUGAUAACUGAUGGGGCUUGAUCUUUGACCGCUGACGUCACUGCACAGCUUUGCCUCCUAUAGAUACUACAGGCAGAUCUGACUGACAAGCUAUAAAAAGUAAUUCCAGCUCAGUGACACAGUGCAAAGUAGCCCGCCUGCAUCCAAAGUCCAGGUACACGGUCUCAAACAUGUUGAAGCUUGUACAGAAGACCUGUUAUCUUCCCAUGAGCUCAUCCUCUAGUAAAUCCUGCAAGUGUUAUGGUUGACUUACAGCUCAGACAAACAUGUCAUCGUCACUGCGAGUAAAGGAUAGGUGGGAACAUUGAAGGCUCAGAUGUUCCUCUUGUUGGUGACACCGCUCUGAUGUUACUCGACAACAAAGUGAUUCCACAAAAAAAUCUUAUUUUUGUAUUCGAGUUCAGUUCAAGUUACACUUUGACAUCAUGUAUCGCAUGUUGCAUAUAAACAUUAGGGUGGGUUUGAUUUAUGAAACUUCAUUAUAUGCUUGUAUGUAGAUAUAAGAAUUUACAUACAUUUAUUAUAUACAUUUUUUCACCUGUGGUACAACAAUAAAUAGUUUUAUGAGUGUUGUACUGCUACAUUUCUAAAGCUGCUAUGAGGAACUUUUGGCUUAAGUUGGUUUUGGUGCCCCUUGUGGUCAAAGUGAUACUUCGUUUAACUUGUCCUGUUUACAUAAAGCAGUCGUUUUGGAUCCUUAUACUGCUCACUGGAAAAAAGUUUUUUAAGCCUACCUUCAAUCAUCUCAUCUGACACCUAACCCCUCAGUGGUUUCAAGCUUCAACAACAUGAGAAAUGAUCAGCCUGGUUGUUGAUAGCCUAUUUUGCAUUUGAAGGCCAAAAAGAGUUAUUAGUAUCAUUUUUUUAGUGUCAGUUUCUUAACCAACUCAAAACUCCUCAUAGUACCUGUUUAUAUUAAUGUUUAACUUUAUUUUAGGUUCUGAUGAACUGUGAUCUAGGUUUUUAGAGAUUAUCUGCUAUAACGCUAAGAUAUAGAGGCUAUAAAAAGAGGCUGUUUUCCAAUUUAUUUAUUUUUCACAGUAAAAUGUUUAAUUAAAAAUGAUUUUAAAACACCAAGAGAACUUUUGUCAUUAAAAAAUCAGAGAAGGGUGAAAGAAGUGUGAUUACUGAAAAGUUGAAAUCAUUGUUUAACUGCAGCAAUGCAAAGAAAUGUGAGGCUGCAGUUCUUGUGCUACUGUGUAAAAAUGUGUGUUUCUUUGUGCAAAGGGUGACGAUCUAUUCAUCAAUGAAUUGUGGUUUUAGCAAAAACCCGGUCAAAGAACAAAAAAAAAGGAAAUUCUCGUUUGCUCUAAAUUUAUUUCUUAACCCUAAGCUAACCUCAAUCAUUACCCUAAUGUAACCUCAACUCGUAUUCUAAUCACCACUAUAAACCCAAGGCCUAAUCCUAAAAUAAACUCUUAGAGAAGUUAAGAAAUGUUCGCACUGUGGAGGAUUUUCCUAAUCUUUCUGUGCUUGUGGGACAUUUGGUCCUCAUUAGUAAAGAUAUGCUGCAACACACACACACACACAUACACUUACCACACAUACAUAAGUACAGGGAGAGCUGAAUGUAUUCUCCUUCAAUCAUGCUCUGACAUGUGACCUAGAAGCUACAGUAACAAUCUAUCACCACAGGUGUAAUUGGGAAUGAGUCAUACAAAUGAACGCAGUGGUGAGAGUAGCCUACAGGUAAUCUGGCUAUAAAUGGCACAAAAACCACUUAGGAUCUCGACGUCUCCCUCCAUAACCCCCUCCCUCCCCUCCUAUUCUUCUUCUUCUUCUCUCUCUGACUGCAGUUCUUCUUUCUUCUUGUUUUAUUGCUUUUCAGUAAACUGCCGUCCUGGGCGAAAGCCUUUGUCCCACGUUUCUUUUACGUGACAGAAAAGGCCUGGAACUUCUACCCUUACACCAUCACAGGUGUGCAUUCGAGUGCUUGUGUUUGUGUUAAACAUCAGGUUACUUUCACCUCAAUGCAUUAUACAAAACUUAUUUACUUUUACCAGCUGCUUCUCCAAGUGGCAUCAAAUAUUUAUUAUUAUGUUUGCAUGCACUCCCUUGUGGCGUAUGUGUGUGUGCCAGAGUAAUUGCGUGCUCAUGCAUGUAUGAGGAACUAAUGUUAUAUUUUUUUCCUAUCCACAUUGAACACCCUUGGUGCUGCAGAGUACUCAGUAAGUAUUCUCACACAUUAUUUCCUGUACAUGAAUGCAACAGAGCUCAUCUCUUAUCAGAAUCAGUGGAUCUAAUUUGCAGCUUGCUUCCUCUCUCUAUCUGUACCCUCAACCCGUUUUUCUCCUUGUACCCCUGCAGGUAUCAUUCCUCCCCAAAUUCAGCAUCCGUAUUGAGACAAGAUUUGAGAACAACAACGGCAGUAACAGCAAUGUGAGUAAGGCGAGUUGAGAGUGUGAAGUGCAAGAGAUGGAGUGAUUAGACAAGAGGGGGAAGAGAAAAAUUGCAAUUUUCUCUGCAGCACAAAAAAUGCACAUCCAAUUGAUGUUCCCAUUACAAGGAAAAUAGGGAAAGCAAGUAAUGCAUUUUUGGCAGUUCUAUUAAGCACACAUGCUGCAGCCUUCAGCACAGCUGCCGUUUUGCAUUUUAUCCAAGGCAAGCGACACACAUAUGCACAUAUGAGGAGAUUCACACGGGCUUGAAACUGUGUUUGGCCCCUUCGUAUGUGUGUUAUUAAGAGAGAGUGAGGCAACAAGAAUCAACAUGUCACAAUACGGAAAUCGGCUGUUGGAGAAAAAUCUGGUGAGUCUUGUUUCAUGUCGGACGGUUACGUGUUACAUAAGUUUACUCCAAACAAACACACGUUCAUACAUGAUGUAGUAACUCAUCAUAAACACCUGUGGGCCCAGAGGUAGAGAAUACUUAAACUCAGAUCUGAAAAUAUAGUAUUUUUACCCCAGUUUUUUAUAGCAACAGUCAUUAUUUAUUCUUCAAUUGGAGUAAUAUAAACCUAUAAAACAUCUUGCUUUAAAACUAUGGGGCUCUAAAUUAAUGACCAUAUUUACGCCUUCAUCACCCAUGUUUGCAAUGUGUUAUGUACAAGGACGUAAUGGUGGGGCAAAAUUCAGUCAUCACUCUUCCCAUUCAGUACUCAGAUUUUUAGCUGCUGCUGUCUGGGAUUUGUGUGCAAUCUCUCGAAAUACAGUUUUUCUGACACAUUAACACAUAGACACCUGCAGUGACCCAACAGUAAUAAGACCAAGUGGGUAAUCCCGUACAAUUAAUACUAAAAGCAACGUAAUGAUAUUCUUGAAUUUACUGCAUGUAAUAGAAAAGCCACCAAGAGUUUAACCACCCUUGUUUGUCCCCAGGCUGUAUUUAAAACUGGCCUGGAUUUGUUAAAUUUCAGACAGCUUUUAUUUCACCACCAGCUAUUUUUUAAAAGACACUUCCAAUGGAUUUGUAUUACUUUUAAUGAAGUCUGUACAGUGUAAUAUAUUUCCUUUAACAAACGUAGUAUGAAUCCAUCUGCACUACUGUGGACACUGUCUUUGUCUUCUCAGUUUGAAUUGCGACAGAGGUCACAAUGAGAGACAAAAAUGAGGAAAACACGAGAGCGUCAUGCCCUGAACACAAAGUGAAAAGCAACACAUUGCAUACAUAUGGUGCAACACGGUCCAUAAGAGGAAGCUGGACCUUGGGUAGACACAGACCAGAAAUCAGACCAUGGGAGUGUGGUGUGUUGUUAUCUAAUGGAGCGUUUUUCUUAUUUGUUAGUCUUCAACUGUGAAAUGAACAACUUCAGCGUGGCUUUAGAGCAUAUUUUAAACAAGGUCAAAUAAAAGUGCACUCUCUCAGACUUCCCUCCAUUCUCUCUCAAGGAAAAGUGUAUUCUGCUCUCAUAACUCUUCUUUUCUCUUUAAUAUCCCCCGUGCGUCCUUGCUUUUUCCCUCCUCAUCUCUCCCUUCUCUCCUCUCUCUGUCUGUACUCUACUCUCUUUGCUCUGGUGUGAUUUGCUCCAAGGGCCUCAGGGUGGGAUAUAGUGAGGGGUGUUAUGGUGUGUGACCUCAGUUUUCUACAUAGUUACUCAUCUACUCUCUCCACUGAGUGAGUGACUGUGUGUUCGUGAGACUAUUUUUCAGCGUGUUUGUGUGUCUGGGCUCAUUAUACUGUAUGACCUCCCCCAUCUGUUUGGAUUCAGGUGUUCGGGGACACUCCAACCCCUGAAAAAAAUGUGAGUUUCCUGGACAUCCUGAGUGACCCCAUCCCGGAGAAGCAUUACAGAGAGUCAGAGGUACAUACUAUACUGUAAUAAGUAAACAAACGUGUGCAUGUGCUAUCAGAACAAACAAAAACAAAUGAUUUUUGAGCUCAAGGCUCUGACGAUGUAUGUGAAAAGAUUUAAGGAAUACUUUUACAGUUCUGAAGUUACAGUUAAGAGUUCAGUGAUGAUAAAACUUGUCUGCUUUUGAGUAUUAAGCUCAUAUUUAAAGAUGGGUGGCCUCGCUUAGCAUAAAAACCAGAACCAGGUUCAGAAAUUUAAACUUCACUAGCCAGUUCCUCUAAAUCUCUUGGAUAACAGCUCAAGAGUUGUGCUUCUACCAAGCUAAAAACACAGAAGUGCAAAAAAGUACCUGCAGUUCCUUGCAUGUCCACUUGAGACUGGCUGUAAAAGCCAAGGAAUACCCAUUAACACUCAUGUUUACAUGCUCGAUGUAACAUCACAAUCCAAUAUAUUUACAGCCGGGUUCAAGAAAAACAGCUGUUUGUGUGGUUGUCUUAUUUCUUUAUUUGCAUACACUCAGUACAAUCACAUGCUCUUAAAAUACAUGUUAACACUUAACCGAAAUCACACUAAAUCAAACUUCUCAAACUCGGACUAACACACCUGGAUAAAGCAGUCGGAGAUCGAUUGUCUCCUUCCCACAUAUCAAGUUUCAAUCGCACUGAAACUGGCCUAAGUUUUCUGCACAUGCUCCAGAGUUCACGCUUAGUUGAAUAGUGUUUUCAUUGUUUAACAAACACCCUGUCAGUCUCUUACCAACAUGCUUGUCGAUUGUUUGGUACAUGAAGUACACUGGGUCAACAGCAGUCCACUUGAAUCACCCAAUUAAGCUAUUAGCUUGACCUAAGUUUACUGAUCGUAAUUUCUUUGCUUGUACCCAGUGUGUCUUUCGGAUGGCUAAAGGCCCUGCUUACAGUAUAUUUUCAUAAUUAUGGGCUGAGUUGACCGGUGGGUGUAUUGUAAUUGCUCACGAGUAAGCCAAAAGCCUGCAGCAGCUCUUCGUCUUUGUCUAGUUCUCAGUUGUGUGCGAGGUAGGCGGAGUAAACAUCUCCAAUAUGGCGACCGCUCUCAUUGGGUUUCAUAACAUCUCUUCAGAAACCACUGGAUGAUAUCACUCGUACAACAACCAUGUUUAUACUGUCUCUGUUUUUUAAAGGAGGUCACCAUCUGUAGACAAGCAGAGCCUGUACCACCUAAAAUCUGCACUUAUUUUAUCAAGUGUUUUGGAAACAGGUGUUUGAAAAAAGGUUAUGGUGUGCUAGUUUCUUAAAUGUUGGAUUUAAUUUUCCAAACUUGGGAGUGAGUCAGGCUGUCUGUUUUUAAGCCUUUUUUCUUGGUUUAUUCUUAACCUUCAGGCCAUAGCUUCAUUUCAAACAGCUGUAGUGUUUAACAAAUCAUCUCAUCAUAAGAAAACAAAGAGCUACUUUUAAAAUGCCAGAUAUAAACACAGUUGUUCACACUGAACACAUAUGAAUGCACAAAUGAUGACAUACAGGUGCAGAAAACCCACACUCCUGCUUUGUGUUUUGCUGCUGAACAGCGCAUGAAUCAGUAAAACACCCACAUGCCUCCCUUUUAAAAUCUGCCUGUGUUCAUUCCCUUACUCCCUUGAAGCCCUCAGAGAAAAAGGUCGAUUCAUAGGCCAGACAGAGAAAAACGCAGACAAGUGCACAUCAAAAUAGAGGCAAAUACACACUCGUGCACACACAAACAACAGCAAAAAAUGGCAAACACACCGAUCUGUUAGCGUUAGCGCCACAGUGUGAACAUAAAAUCACAAACACUUUCCAAUCAUCCUUUGGUCACAGAUGAAUAAUGCAUGUUAUCACACUUUUCUCUUAUGGGCUGUGUUGAGCAACAAUCUGCUUGCACCUCAACACAGAUAUUGGCACAUUUGCUCACACACACACACACACACACACACACACACACACACACACACGGAGAUACAGUAAACAUCUAUAGCUUCUCCCAGAAGAAGCCUCAUAGGGCCAAAAAUUUCUGCAGAUUCAGCAAAAAACAUAUAGACCUGAUUUUCACUCUGUGCAGGACCUGAGUCGCUGGCAGUCGAGUAAAACUGGUCGGGGGCCUCUGGAGAGGGGCUGGAAGGACGACCACAAGCCCAUUAUGUGCUCCUAUAAGAGGGUGCAGUGCAGCUUUGAGGUGUACGGCUUCCAGACCAGGACGGAGGAAUUCAUUCACAGAGUGAGAUAGAGCUUUUUUUCCCAUCAUGCCUUCUCCCUAAUAUGGGGGAGGCUGGAUAAAGAUAUUAUCUGUUAUUAAUGUCAGGAACCCUAAGAGAAGAACUGCAAGGUGUACAAAAUUGAAUUUACCGCUAAUUGAAUUUGAUAAAGUGCACCUCCUUUUUGAAACAGCGAUUUCUGUGAGUUCCCCUUUAAUUUUGUAGGUAAUGUUGACAGUAAAACGAUGGUCUAAAUCAAUCAUGAUUGGUAAACUGAGUGUACUGUGAGUCGAAUUUUGACGCUCAUAAAUCAUUAGCGCAUUAAUUCCCAGACAGAAGUAUAAUUACCAAGAUUACUGCCAAGGAGGCUGUUCGCCUCAGAUGACCUCUGCACUUGGUUUUAUGGGAUCCACCAUUAGGUUAGAAUUAAUAGGGGAGUCACUGCAUUGUUUUAUGCUACAAUACAGUAACACACCCUUUCUUCUAGCACACAAAAACAGGUUUCAGGAGACGGAGAUGGAACAAGAUAAACAUGUGAAAAGACGGUUUGAUGGCAUGUUUACAGUAAAUGUAACGUGUUAUCAAGAAAUGCAAGAACGCCCCGGGCAGAACGGGCAACGCCUUUUUUCUAACAUUGUUACUGUUAGCAGGAGGGUUUCACUUAACACUACUGAGAUAAGAGAAAGUAUUUUGACCAAGGUUUCACCAUUAAUUUGACAACAUACUGUUACAUAAUGCUGAAUCUAUUAUACACGUACUUUCAAAUGCAACAUGAAGCCUUUUGUUCCUUUUUUUCUGCAAUAUGUUUGUUUUUGGUUCAAUUUCAGAACAUUCAAGACAUCCUUCUGGUUGGCCACAGACAAGCCGUAGCGUGGAUAGAUGAAUGGCACGGUGGGUUCAAGAGUCACACUGCAAGUUUGUACAUAUUGCAGAAAUCUUCAGAGCAACACUGUUGUACUGAGUUGAACUCUUAAUAAGACUGUAGCCUCAGUGUACGCUCAGUGAAAGUGAAUUCAUAUUUCAUCCUUUUUUUUUUCUGAUGCUGGGUGUGUGUGCGUGUGUGUGUGUGUGUGUGUGUGUGUGUGUGUGUGUGUGUGUGUGUGUGUGUGUGUGUGUGUGUGUGUGUGUGUGUGUGUGUGUGUGUGUGUGUGUGUGUACCUUCCUCUCCCCACAGGCUUGAGCUUGGAGGAGGUGAGAGAGUACGAGCGAGCGAUGCAAGAGAAGACCAACAGCAAAGUCAAAUCCAGCCAGAACAACACAGGUGAGUUUGCAGCUCCUGACCUGCACUGUACUGAAAUACCAAGGGGUGGGGUGGGGGGGGGGUGGGGGCAGGAGAGAGUGUGUGAGGGUGGGUAGAGGAGCGGAUACAGCUUGAAGCGAGAGAUUUGAAGGUAUAGAGAGGAGAAAACAGGGAGAGUGAGGAUGAAAAGGAUUGUUGGUUUUGAAAUGUAUAUUUUUGCUGUUAGUCUUGUUUCUAAUUUUAGCAUAAUGAGGAGUAGAGAUGCUCAGAAGAGGAACAGAGAGGCUAAAAAAAAAGCUGUUUUACAUCUUUCAGCUCAUUGUACAAUAAUCAAGAAUCAGUCUGAGCAGGUAUUUUGUUUUUUGUGUUUGUUCAGCUCUCUGUGUCACUGUGUCACUUCUGUCCACAGUGUGCAGAAAACUAUGAGCGGGUUCCCUGCUGAUGCUAACAGGCUUGAUCAGAGUUGCACCACUAGCACCAUAACUGUGCCCCCCAAGUACCCAGAUGGCUGGCAUACAUCUGUGAGGGGGGGAUGAAAGGGGAGAGUAGUUAGGAGGCAUUUCAAUACACAAGAAGCUGCAAGGAGAGAGAGGCAGAGGGUGUGAGCCCAAAAAAAAAAGGACGAGAAAGAGACAGAUGUGGUAGUGGUGGAGUAUGGGGGGGUGGGUAGAAUGUGGGGGUGGGGGGUUGUAGGAAAGGGUUGAAGGCUUGCUCAUGAGGUGAUAAUGCCACUGCGUCGCUCUGAUAAACAGUGUAAUGCAGCCACCUGCUGAACUCUCCCCAUCACCAUCCCUCUCAACAUAAAUAACCAUUCAUUGCAGCACUUAGCUGCAAAUGUCAACCCUGGUGGGGGUCUGUGUCUGGGCAUAUGUGUUGUGUGUGUGUGUUGUAUAUGUGUAUGCAUGUGUGUGUGUGUGUGUACGUGGUCACCCUGCCCCCUACUGGCUGGUCUGGUGAACCUCGGCUGGGUGGGAGAGAUAUCAAAGGUAGAAUUGUGAGUAUGGCUUGUAGCGCCAAGCUGCCUGCUCACUCUCUCUCUCUCGCUCUCUCUCUCUUCCUCCCUCCCUCCAUGUGUGAUGAUGAGAGAUAUCAAGCUGCAACAAAUCUGCAGUCAUUGCUCAACCUGCUGCAGCUCGCUGCACUGCCAUGACCCCCUACAGGCCAAAAGCUGCUAGUGCCCUAAUCUCUGCACAGCCCUACUCGCAGUUUUCAUUCAUUUCAUUCAUCUGCUGUAAUAAAAGUAAAUGGAUGUCAUUUACUCCAGAGAGUCUAAUAAAAAGUGGGGUGUGUGUGAGGUGAAUACCAAUAAGGGAUUUAGAUAAUGUGCAUCUAAGUGUACGACACAGAUCUUAAGCAUACUCUUAUUAAUUGAAAACUCAAACACAGAGUCCCUCUGUUCCUCUCCGGCUUAGUGCCUCUUUGGCUUUUUUCUUCCUCUUUUAUCUUUUACUCGUUGGCUCUUUCAUGUCGUAGUCCGUCCUUUACUCUUUCUUUUUUCAUUUCUUAGUCUCAUAACUUUCUAGUACGGUACAUGAAAUGCAUUAGUGUUGUCUCUCUUUCUAUCCAUCUUUUUUAGGCCAGUCUGCUGCCCCUCGUCCUGUGUUCUCUCGCUCCAUCUCAGUGACAGAUGAACGAUCCCUGAAGAAGAUGGGAGUGACGACAGCGAACAUGUCUGACCCCUCUACCUCCUCUGGGCCACAAAGUCCUAUCCGCCUCAACUCCACCCCUGAAUAGGACCUCAAACAACCUCAACCACACAUAGACAUGUUUACUGUACACACAAAUCAACGUCCAAAUUCACCAGAGUCACAGGAUGUUUCUCUCUAACAUCAACAAAACACACAAACAGGGAUAUUAAAACCACCCAAUAUGGAGGAAAACACCCCUUUAGGGUGAGAAAGAAGAAAACUUAAUUACACUUUAAUUUUAUAUCUGUUUAAAGGGGUAUCCUGGUGCAAGUUUAAGUCACGGUCAAACACACCAUAACACCAAGUUAGACGCCCCCUCAAGAGAGGAAUUUUGCUUCUCUAGUUAUACCAACUUCAGCAAAGACUGCACGAUAGCAAUACACAGCGGUCUAUGUCUACAUGUGCAAACCGCAACCAAUAAGCCACCUGUAGCCACAAAUAAUGCUCAGAACAGCACCUCACUCCAUCAACAGUCCUAGCACGUAGAACUAGCCAUCGAACAUCAGUUUGUGGGGGAGCCCUGACGAGUCGAUCACCGAGUGCAGCGGAGUUCUGCAGUUCAAGAAACAAAAUUUAUAAAUAUUACUUCAUGGAAAUGCAAUAAUUUCCAUGAAGUAAUAAUCAUCAUAUUAUUCAUUUUGCACUGCAGAUGUGAUAGGUCUUCUGCCUUAGCGUCUCGGUCUGAUUGCAUUUCCAUAAAGAAAUAAUCAUACAUUUUCUUCUUUGUGCUGCAGAUAUCCGCUGCACUCUGUGAUCGGCUCGUCAGGCCUCCCCCACAAACAAGCUGCUGCUAGAGGAGAGUGCGUGGGUUAACUUGGUGUUACGGUGUGUUUGACCAUGACUUAAACUUAUGCCGGCGUAUCCCUUAAAUAUAGAGGGCAUGUACAUGACGUCGCAGUAGGUGGAGUUACGGCAAUUCACAAAGUGACCUAAUUCACUGUAAGCACUGUUAGCAGUGAGGAGCAGUGUUAGCUUCAAGUCCGAAUGCUGCUAAUACACAAAAAGACUUUGUUCAAAGGCUGAAGGGUUUCCUACAAAGCAAGAUUGAAGGUAAAGAUAGUUUGUAAGUCAGAGCUAUCUGUGUCUCAAGACUGGCUCUCCUUAAACCUUGUUAAAUCAUCAUACUAACAUACUUAUUAAAGUGAACCCGGUCAAGACCUGGUAAUGUUAUGGAGUUUUAAAAGCGCUGACAUGAUGAUGUUCAUCGAGGCAUUGUAGGCUACACUUGUAAUUAGGGGUGUUCUGAAACAACUUUUUUAAUACUGAUACGAUACUGAUAUUGAUGCAAUAUUGGCACUAAAUUGUGCAUGAUAAGUUUUGCACUCAGGUGCAACAUCUUUUUCGGACUUAAGCGAAAAAUAUUGCCUCAUGGCCAACAUCACACCCACCCCUUGCGUCUUUGUUUGUACCUCAGUACACACUGUUGUUGUGAUUACAUGGGCUCUGCAUGCUGGAUCUGGGCGCUGUUAGAUAGAGGUCUGGAAUGGUCUGCUUGUUUUAUCAGAGAGCUGAUAUCAGAGAUUUUAGAUGCAGGCCGACAUAAUCUGAUAUUUGUUUUUUUUUGCUGAUAUCGGACUGAUAUACUAUAUCAAUAUCAGAUUGGAACACCCCUAAUUGUAAUUAUAUAGAAACAUUUAAUACCGUCAGGACAAGCCAGUCGAGUGACAGAAUGAAGCCACGCAGUUACAUUAGCACAUACUUUAUUUAUCAUUAUGGAUACAAUAUAAGCUCCAGUCUCCAUCUUUCGUUUUUACCUGUUCAAUUCAGAUAUAAGUCUGUCAGUAUUUAUCACAGUUAACAUCAAAUCAUUAAUUUAACAUGACCUCAUGACCAAAUAUUACUGGCAUGUCUGCGUAUUCUUCUUUCCUUUAAAGUAUACGACUUGAUUACAGACCGCUGUAAUCAUGUGUAAAGUCAUUAAGGGUUAUGAGUUGUAUGUAGUUGUCAAAUAAAUGGGCGGCAAUAACAGUUGAAGCUAAUAUUAAUUUUUGAAAUAACACUAAGCUGUCUGCAGGCACUGCUUUAUGUACUUUACCACCGUAUAAAUCAGGUCCAUAUAAAUGUCAGAGUAGCUGUUUAUGUCCACAUGUCUACGUUCACAGAUUACUGUCCCUUUGUUAAAGGAGGAUUUCUCUGCUGAGCCCAUUUGGCCUUAAUGUAAGCAGUUAUUUGCCUGUUUCACUUUGGCUUUCAUUGUUUCCCCUGCCACAGCUAGGGAUGUUUUGCUACUCAGUUCAACUAAGGGCAGAUUUCCUACAGGGACAGAGACAACAGUGCAUACCCUCUAUAAGGCCACAGCUGUUGGCAAGUUGGCUGAAACUUUCAUAACGACUGCAAACAGAGAAACAGCUCGGUUAGUUUUGUGCAAAGGAAAAAAGUCUUUCUGCUAAGAUUCUGGAGUUCACUUUGAAGGGCCUUUAAUUAAUUUCUGGACAAGAAUAUAUUUUUUGUUGGAGGGAUUUUCUACUUUUAUGUUGAAACUGGUUGGAUGUUAAUAGGCUUUGAGAUAUGCUAUAUAAAUAUUUGAUCUUUAGGUAUACUUUCAGGUGGAUUUUAGAAGCAUUUGACAGAGCCAGGCUUGCUUUUUCACCUGUUUCCACUCUUUAUAAAUAGAUGAAUACAUUUCUUUUUAAGUUGUGCUAAGAUAGGCCCACUAAUUCCACAUUUACCAUACUUGUAUUAAAGCAAUAUUGACCUAUAAUCCAUCAUCUAAGUUAAAUUCGCCCAAAUUCUCUAAAAGUACUGCAGAAUUAUUUAUGUCUUCUACGCACAUGAAGUUUUUGUACAGCAUGUUAAAGUCACACAAAUACUCACACGCAAAGUACCUGCUCAAAACAAUUUCUACAUUUGCCCUUUAAAAAUCCUUCCAGUGUCCUCAAAAGCCUCUACACUCGGAGCAUUUCAGCGCUCUCUUCUCUCUCAACUCCCCGGCCACAGAGGAGCUCGCCGACCACCAGCAGGGCUCUCGAUUGUUUCUCAGCCCCCAGCCAGCAGCCUACAGACAGAUGCAUAAGGAGUUUAAUAGAGUGGAUCUAAUGAGAAAGCAGAGGAGAACGAUGGAGACUGUCAAUGCUAUAGAUUGGCUCCCAUCUCCACCUCAGCCAAUAGGUCAGGCCUGCUCUAUUGACAGAUGGGCAGUGAGGCAUUGUAUUGGUUCCUUGAUCGCUUAGCUGAGAGCUGCAUAUGGGUGAAGAAAGGGAUGAACUUCAAUUAUAAGUCGAUAAUGUGAGCAUUUAUAAGACUAUUAUCUUAAAUUUGUAUAGAUAUUUAGUGGAGAAUGGGUUCUCAUCAGGGAUUAACAAAAGCAACAGUGAAAUUUGAAGUUUCCUGUUGGCUUAUUUAUAAAAACCCUUUUGUGUUAAUGAAGUAUAAAAUAAUCAAGUUGAGAAUGUAUGAUCAAAUCACACUGAAAAGUGUUUUGUAAUUGAUUUAUACGAAUAAAUACAAUUUCAUUCAAGUGAGUGGAUGCCUCGAUAUCUCCCUGGAUAAGUGAAAAAAUGGACUCUGUGCACAUAUUAUCAGCCAUGUUUGAUCAGUAUUGACCUGCAAAGAUGAACCAGCUGCUGGCACAUCACAGCGCUCACAUGUAAUCUGCUCACCAAUUUUACACUUGUGUGCCUUGUGGAACUGGCUUCAGCAGCAGCAGAGCACAUGAAGAGUGGCAGACACUUGGUCCACAUAUUAUUCUCGGCGUUUCUUUUUUCUCUGCAACACAAAGGCAUUUGAAUGAAUGAAAUAAUGAAUGUUUAACAGAUGCAAGUUUGUGAGCCAGGCAUGCGUGCACAUCUGUCAACCCUGUCAGGCUUUAUUGUUCAGGGUUUGAGGGCAAAAGUCCAGACUUUUCAUGGAGAGACAUGCAGGUUCCUUUGACUGACAGACACGGCAGCUGGCUUCAAAUGCAGCACUAAAAGCUCACAUCGUGGGGCUCAUUAUGGCUUCUUUUAUCUCUACAAAUCAAGAGCCAGCGAGAACCUCUUUAUUAGUUCCCCAACAUACGGCUUGCAGACGUACAUCCACACACACAUAAAUGUACGAAUACAUGCACACAAAACUCUUUAUCUCAAUGCCCCUCCUUACAGUAGCAGCAGGAGGUUGAUAUAAAAGAGCAAGCUCUCAACACAGCCAGGAGUGCUCACAAGUACUGCAGAGGGAGUACAAACUGCUGGCUGCACUGCAUUAACAUUACCUCCUUCCUUUUUACUUCUUUGUCUCUCCCAUUAAAUUUUCACUCUAGUUAUUGCCAUCACUGCUCCUUUCCCUUCCACUCGCAUUUCUUCCUUUGUUCUUUCUCUCUCAUUCUCGAAAUAUCCCUCGAUCUCCCUCUUUCCCACCUUCUCUUCUGCAUGUCCUCAUCUUUGUUCCUCAAGAGGGCCUCUAAAGAAGAUGUACUGUGUUCAUUAUAUGGAAAUGUUCCCUACGGUGCAUUAUCAUAGAUCCUGACCCUAUAGUGCUGAAUCAUCUGGCUAUUCCCAGAUCGCCCGUCAGACCCCACAAAUAGACGGGACACUCUCCAGAGCUGCAGCGCUGUCCCCUGCCCUGUGCUCUGCUGUGCAGAUGCUGCCAUGUAAAACCUUGAGCGAACCACCUAUGGGCGCACAAGAGAAGGAGAGAAAGAACACUGGAGAGAGAAAGGGGGGGGGAUAAAAUAGCAAAGGACAAGAUUAAAUAAAAAAAACAUAACAGACUAUUAGGAAUCUAAUUUCGAGUGUUAGACGGCUUAAAAGGCAGGAAGUUGAGCCUCAUUCAGUUUGUUCUUCUAAAGCAGGGAGCGAAAGUGUCUCUCUGUGUGUUUGUGUGUGUCUCUCCACAUCAUCUUGCCUCCACCUUAAUGGCAUUUUGCCUAACCACACUGAUGUACAAGCCUCUCCUCCAGAUCAAUACAUGCUCUCCAUUCACCAGACAGACAGUAAUGCAACUGCCUCAUUUGUUUGACGGUGUGUGUGUGUGAGUGAGUGAGUGAGUGUGUGUGUCAGUGACUUUCACUUCACUCUGCCAUAUCUUUAAAUCAGCUGUUAAAGUCUAGUGACCAAUAAGUCACACAGUUAAGCGUAUCACUAAUUUAAUGGCUUACUCCACAUGCCAACAGUGCUUAUGAGGUUUCAAAUAGUGUGUUUGUGAGCGUGUGUGUAUGUGUGUGUUUGUCUGUGCAUAUAUAGGAUACCUAAUUAGCACUGGACGCUUGAGACGAAACAUAUUUAAGAUCUAUUGAAAAUCAUAACCUACACACACAUAGCCUACACACAGAAAUGCACUUUUUAUUUGAACAUUUUCCUUAAAUUCGAAUAAAUCCAAAUAAAUACAUUUUACCAGUGCGAGUUCCUCAGAUGAAGAAAAGGAUAACACUUACAGAUACAAUGCACUUAGUAUCUGUGUUGUAACAGAGGCCAUAUAGUAGUGCUGCAACGAUUAGUCGACGUAAUCGAUUACGUCGACAAGACAAAUUCAUCGACACGAAAACGAAGCGUCGUGUUACUGUUGUUAAGAAUCACAUGCCGGCGCCUCAUGCUCAUCUAUAACUGCAGUGCACUACAGGAUGUCCUGGGGGGCAGUAGCGAUCGCUGUUUACAUCCCGCGAGCAAACACAGAAGAAGAGUACACACAUUAUGGCAGAACAAACUGAAAAAGACGCUCCAAAACUCCGACCCAAAACUUCAAAAGUUUGGGAACAUUUUACGGAGAACAAACCAAAAAAACACGUUGAUCAAAGCUCAGCUUUCCUACCAUGGCAGCACCACGGCGAUGCAUGAGCACCUGAAACGCCGACACCCCGGAAAUAGGUGUUUAUAAAUAAAGAAGAUAGUGAUUAAUCGUGAUUAAUCGGACGACUAGUCGAUAGAUUAGUCGACAAAAAAAUAACAGUUGGUUGCAGCACUACCAUAUAGCUAAUUUUAACACGUUUAACAAGUUUUGUCUCUAACAAGGAAAAUUGCUGAAUAAGAUGAUGUUAUAGGGCCAAGUAUUCAACGAGAUGAAAAACUCAAACAAAAGCCAUAAUUAAAAAGAAAUAAAAACAAAUGAAAAUAUUUAAACUAUUUAAACUGUAGGCCUCACCACUUCAGUGCCACAAAUGUACAAAUGUUUGAGCCUCUGACAGUCGUGGGUCCUAAGAACAGUCCUCACUCUGUCCCCAUCUGGCGCCCUGGUGAGGAAAUAAUGACAGUUUGCGGGCAGAGAUGUGAGAGCAGCCUGAGAAGCUUCUGGGUACAUCACUGACUGGGAAAACUGCAGAAAGAUCCUGUCCUGCAGUUCAAGCAGCAGAACUGGUGAGUGCAUCUUUAAGUUCCUUCACUCAUGGUUUUUCUAGUGGUAUUUUAACCCUCACAUACUGUUCAAAUCCUGUACCCUCACAGUAUGUUCCGGGUCAAAAUUGACCCGGACCAAGAAUUGCCCAUGUAGCAAGUAUUUUCACCAAAGUUCUAACCCCAAACCUGUUCAUAACGUUUAAAUGACCUAUGCUACUUCAAAAAAAUUAUUGAUUAGUCCUUCCUAAAUGUUUUAAAGAGCAGGGAAAGUGUAUUUUUUCAGUUUUAACACCACUCGUUUUUUGGUUAAAUAUAUAUUUUGGAGAAGAACAUCUAUUACAUAGGAUAAUUCAAUUCAAUUCAGUUAAGCUUUAUUCAUCCCCUAGGGGUCAUUGAAAAACAGCAGCUGAGCAAAAAUUAAAAUAGAAUAGAGAAAAAGGAGAAAAAAGUAUAAAAUCAGUAUAAACGUCAUCAGUAUAAACGUCAACGUCGUAAACAUGAUAUCAUCUAAUAUUAUGUAAGACAUAAAAAUAUAAAAGUCAUAAUGUUUGAAUAUAUUUUUUGAACAACAAACUUCAUAUUGAACACUGUUCUCACUGUUUGUCACUGUCCUCACUGCUAGUCUCUGCAUUCAAAGCAAAGGUAGGACACUUCACAUGAGUGGAUCUUGCACAUGUGUUUGACGCUGAAAUGGACGCUCUCUCUACUCUCAAUGUUACGACUCCCACCGCCUUCCUCCUAAUCAAAACA